CUUGGAAAUGACAAACCUGUGAGUUUAACAUCUGUGGUUUGGAAAUUAUUUGACAAAGCUGAUAACAUCUGCGAUGACACAACACAGAUAGUCCCACCCAGUGGCAGACAAGGCUAUUGAAGGCUAGGUCUUGGGACCAGCAAGGAAAUUUGAGCAGCACUUCACUCAGAGCCAACUAUGUCUGGGAGGUGGUGGUGUAAGGCUAUAUCUGUCUGUGUGUGGGUGAAGUCCUAUAUAUAUCAUGUUUACAUUACUGUAGCAAAGACCAUCUAUCCUUACUGCAAACCUAACAGUCCAGAAAUGGAAGUUCUGGGAGAAAGGGAAGGGAAUUCCUUGGAGGUAAGUGGCGGACAGGUUACAAUGACUCAGUAAGCUUUCUAACAGCUCGACGUUAAGUUCCAUUGUAAACACAGGUAGUCACAUAGAUACAAAGUAUGAAGGUCGAUAGAAAGUGUGAGGAUUUGUGUGAGAGUAUUCAAUUCAUAACUCACUGUAUAUUAACCUCCUGAGAGCCUGGAGACUGAACACCCACAUUCGCUGAGCAACACUGACUGCUGUUGUUGGAUUACAAUUCUGAGCAUGCUCAGCCAUCCCAGUUUUUUUUUUGUUCGUUUGUUGUUGUUGGUUUUUUUUUUUUAGGGGGUGGGUGAAGAAUGCUGUGUAAUAACCCUGCUUAACCCCGUUGCAAGGGCUCUAUAAAUAAAGCACACAUUGUUUUGUUCUAAUUUAAAAGAGCAGUAAAUGACUGAUACGAUUUCAGAUAAGUAAACACACCUGGAGAUUAGACACAGGCUAAAAAGUUAUGCCACUGAGUUGGAAAAAAACUUAAAGGGUUACUUCAAGUACCAGGACAAGUACAGUGAUUUCAAGUGGUUAUAUGGAGUCUGUAUGUGCAGCAUUUCGCUAGGAAAUGUGGCACAUGUGAAGUUUAACCCUUUGCUGCUAGAAGUGUAACGCCACCUCCGGCAACAUACUUGGGGUGUCAUUAGCCAACAUGGAACAAGUGGGCUAAAUAAUGCCAAGUCUGUGCAUAUUUCUAUGUUCAGAGUUGCAUUUUUGGCUGAGAAUGGUCAACUGACGCUUUCAGUCAAUGAAUUGUCGGUAGGAUCAGUAUGGCGUCACUGCCAACAAAAAGGGACGCUCUGCGCCCAGAACGACCAAGUAAAAAAGCAAACAUCUGCAAAACAGUUUGCCCAAUUACCGGGAAAUGGGGUCAAGGAACUAAUUGCAUCAUACACACUACAGCAGGUUGUUGUGGUUAAUUCUGAGGCUUGGAAUAACCCUUUAACCCCUUAAGGACCAAACUUCUGGAAUAAAAGGGAAUCAUGAAGUUAUGUGUCCUUAAGGGGUUAAAUAGACACAUUUUGCCUACAUUGUGCAAUGCGGUUUCUAAUUUCAAUUCACUAUAAUUCAGUUUUUAGUGAAUAAAUCUUCUAGCAAUCUUAAUACAUGAAUAUUCAAUAAGUACACUGCUCAUAGUGGGCAGGUUUUUUAUAUAAAUCUCAAUCUGGGUUUAAACAACGUUUCCCUAGAUCCUCAGCCAGGAUUUCAAAGCCGUAGCAAAUUCAGAACAUGGAAUCCAACUUUUUCACUGCACGCGGUUUCUUGGCUAAACUUACCUGGCAACUUCGACGGUCUCAUAUUUGGAGAGGGAGACUUGGGAUGUUGGGGUUGUUUUUUUUUAUCCAGUUACUAUCAUGGACAAUGUACAUGUCAUUGAUGCUUGUCAGCAGGCAAACAAAUACUUUCCUGUGUGGCAAUGCUCAUUUAUGGGAUUACAUGUUCUGUAAUUCCUAACAACAUGCGUGUGUACUAAACUUUACAAAAGUCCCCCCCAUACUGGGUGUCGUGUGAUUAGACUAUGAGGACAAUGUAAAAAUUGUAUGUCAGAUUGUAUCACGUGGCAAGUAUUGGCAGGCACAAAGCUGUCCGCAGGUAACAAUAAUGGAGCAAUGCAAACACUACAGUGCAUUGUAGUGGUUAUGGUAAAAGGUGGUCCUGGUAUCAUGCAGCAGUAAUCUGACACUUAACAUCCUGUUGGGAGCCUGCCAUCCUUCUGGUCUGAGUUGUGCAUAUUUCCACUUUAUCUUACAGACUCAUACAGGCUUCAGUGUCAAACCAUUUGUAAACAAUUGACAGACUACUGCUGAAUGGCGCCAAAGAACUUCUGGAACACAGUAGGGGUUAUGGUGUUUAAAUUGUUACUUGUGUUUACUGCCCUUCAAAUCCAAAUUAAAUGGAAAGUUUUUUUUCCUUUUUUUAAACAGAAUUUUAUUAUUUAUUUAUUUAAAUUGAAGGUAUAUUGAUUUUCAACUUUGCGUUAGCAAACACCCAGUGUCCAAACAAAAACUUAAUUGAAUAAAAAAAUAUUUAAAAAAAUUAAUCCAAAACUGUAAGUAAUAAAAAAGCGAGGGUGAAGGGGAAGUCAGGUGGGGGGAGAAUUAAUUCAAGAGAGAGUGUGGUGGUGAUGGUAGGGAAUAUAAAUUACCCUGUUGUUCCUCAGAGCAUGGUUUUAGAAUAACUGAAGCAUGACUCUGUGUUCAGCAGUGAAUCCAACAGUUCUAAUAAUCGAAUCUAAUAAUUAUUGCAGGUUUUAUGUACGUGGAACUGUCACCUCUUUGAACAGAGCCACCAAUGCAAUUUGCUAAAUCCUUGGUGAGAAAAUGUGUGGGGCUCCCAUAAAACAUAAACACACUCUCUGACAUGCAUAAUGAGAGAACUGCACACACUAACAGGCACAUAUUAACAUGGUUACAUAAGCACACACUGCUAUGCAUGCACAGAAAAACAUACUAACACAUAUAGUAGCUCACAUACAUGAACACGCAUACUAACACAGAUUGAUUAACAUGUAGUAACCCACAUAUAUAAACAAGCAUACUAACACAGAUUUACUAACAUGUAGUAACCCACAUCCACGAACACUCAAACUAACACAGAUUCACUAACAUUAGUAACCCACAUCCACGAACACUCAAACUAACACAGAUUCACUAACGUAGUAACCCACAAACAAUUAUACUAACACAGAUUCACUAACAUUAGUAACUCACAAACAUGAACACUCAUACUAACACAGAUUCACUAACAUGUUGUAACCCACAUCCACGAACACUCAAACUAACACAGAUUCACUAACAUGUAGUAACCCACAUCCACGAACACUCAAACUAACACAGAUUCACUGACAUGUCGUAACCCACAUCCACGAACACUCAAACUAACACCGAUUCACUAACACACAUAGUAACCGACAUACAAAUACCCAUACUAAUACUCAUAUACAAACACACAUAGGCCUCAAUUUAAUAAGCUUCCAAAUGACUCAAAACUAUUAGAAUAACUUACAAAUUAUUUAUCCACAGAAGUCAUGGUUAAAGCAUAUGGAAAUCUUUGUAGAUAAAUCAUUUGGAAUGUUUUUCUAACAGUAUUGAAUUUUAUCAAGACCAUAAAAUGUUACUAUCUCCCUCUUUCCUUCUGCUUACCUUCUCCCUAAGGAUUGAUGGAUGGAGGGAGUGGAGUGGCUCUAUCAUUUUGUCUCUAAUGUCCUGUGUAGGGGAAGCAGGAAAGCUGUGUAUGGCUUUCCCUCCCUCUCCACCUCGGUGAUAGCACGGGCUGUGGGUGUAGGGAUGAAAUGUCAUAUCCCAACAUCGACAUGAUUGCAAUUAAGUGCGAUUAAGAAGGGGAGAGUCACUGUUGAUGGGCAAUUGUUGGUAUCUCAUUUUAAUAGAUAAUUUUGGGUAAUUAUCUACAUAAAAUAAUAACACAGAAAAAAAAGUGAUAAAUCCAUGCUGGAAUAUCCCUUUAACCAUUUUCCGAGUUGUCAGAGGAGCCUUGAUAUUAUUUCAAUGGAAAAUGCUAUUUAUGCAUGGCCUUCAGGAUACAUGGAAACCACACAAGUAAUAUUGUAGAAUAUAUUUAAUGCUUUACACUAAUUCUGCUGAAUAAAAUAAUAUCUUCCCCAUAACAGAGUCAAAAACCAGUCAGCCAGAACGACACUCUCCUAAACCAGUCAGCCAGGCUUACCUUGUUCCAGAAAGCAUUUCUGUAAGGAAACCGGAUAGAAAAAUAUAAAAUACCACAAGAGUGAUUUAACUUUAAACAUUUAAUUAUCAACUCAUCUUUGUGUCAUUCCAACACGGCAUGUAAUUCAAUAAAUAUUAAAGAUGCACACAGAAGAUUAGAAGAAAUAGGUCUCAGGUCAAAAUUGACUCGCAACAUUUUUAAAAAAACGGUUUAAGUACCAUAAAUGUUUUUCUGUGGCCUUGUUGCUCACUCCCAGCAGCCACAUUUGCACGCAAUUACCAAUAUUACACAAAAACACACCUCUGCAUUCAGACAUCAACACCGUACACAAAAACAGUCUGGCAUUUAAAUGCCAACACUACAAACAAACAUGCCACAUGCCAACAUUACAGGCAAACACACCGCUGCACUCAUACACUAAUACUACAUAAAAAAAACCUUGCAUUCAAACACCAAUACUACACAGAAACACCUGAUUUAAAUGCCAACACUACACACAAACACACCACUGCAUUCAAACAUCAGCAUAAUACACAAAUAAACAAACAUUCACACAAAUAUACCCCAUACAAAACACACCUGCAUUCACAGAUACUGCAUACAGAUAGAACCCUGCAAUGAUGAGAAGACAGUAGAUCCACAGAUGGCAAAGCAUUAUGGUACCUGUAUGGCAGCUGAGGAUCUACCUGUUGGCUACCUCUAUAGUGACGGGGUGGGGGGUGGGGGAUGUUUAACAAAUUCUUGCACCAGGGCCUUGAGGUUUCUAGUUACGACCCUGCAGGAACAACAAUGUUUUCACUGCACGGUUAACUUGCCUCUGUUGGCUUUCAUAUUGACAGCUGCUAGAGGCACUACUGCAAAACAGUAUAGUAAUACUCCAUGAAUUCUAUCAGAUGUUACCUUUUUGUCGUGAUUCUAGGUUCUGUGAUGAUUACAAAAGUUGUUAUCUCAUUAUGACAAAUUUUGUAACAUUUUAGCUUUAAUACCAUUAUUCACUGCUUGCAAUUUUUUUUUAACUUCUAAAAAUUAAUUGAAAUCUUAGACUAGAAUUAUGUAUUUUAACAAUCAGAACUAAUGAAUCUAUUUUGAGUUUGUUUUCUUUUGUUGCACUUGUUGUGUAGAAACUAUUAAAAGACCACCAACGUCAAUCAUGCCACUUUAUUCUAAUAAAGAGGUUUGGGUACAGUGGUCCUUUUGUUUUAACCCUUCAGUGUGAAACAUUGCUGUUUUUCUAGAAACUGUAAUGGUUACAUUGCAGGAUUAAGUCCACCUCUAGUGGCACAAACAGGGCCGGUGCAAGGAUUUUUGGCACCCUUGUGAAAUAAAAAUGUUGCUGCCCUAUUUGCUCCACCCACUCAUGCAGACUGGCAUACAUUGACCCAAGCAGACUGACACAUACCCCUGCAGACUGACAUGCACGCACUGACCCAUGCAGACUGAUACACACAUACUGACCCAUGCAGAGUGAGACAGACGCACUGACCCAUGCACACUGACGCACACGCACUGACCCAUGCACACGUAUUUACACACGCAGACUGACACGCACACACUGACCCAUGCACACUGACGCGCACACACACUCACUCAUGAAUGCACACUGACCCAUGUAGACACACACAUACACAUUGGCUCAUGCAGACACACAUACCGGCCCAUGCAGACAAAUACAUGGACACACACUGAUACAUACAGACACACACACUGACCAAUGCAGACAUGCACUGACUUAUACAGACACACAUUGAUCCAUACAGACACACACUGACUCAUGCAGACACACACAUACAGACACACACAUAGAGACAUACACUGACCCAUACAUACAAACACACUGACCUAUACAGACACACACUAACCCAUACAGACACAUACAGACAUUCACAGACUAACCCAUACAGACACACACUGACACAUACAGACACAGACAUAAAGACCUACACUGACUCAUACAGACAUUGAUUAACCCAUACAGACACAAUCAUACAGACACACACUGACCCAUACAGACACACACAUACAGGCACACACUAACCCAUGCAGACACACACACUGGUCCCAAGCAGACGGACAUACAGAAACAAAUAUAAAUUCUUUGAAACACAUAUUGUGAUGUCCCAUUUCCCUUCUUACCUUUAUUGCAUAUAUUACUUUGCUUUUCGUGUCUAACUGGCAGCUUCACUGCGCCUGGCUGCCUUUACUCCGUCUCACCCCACCCCAGCUAUGCUCCCACCCACUUGUCUCCAUGUACAGGGCAAGGGGCGGGAGCAAGAAAUUGAAGUGCCCCCAUGUUGCUGCGGCAAUGGCAGUCUUUGUGGGGGGCCUGGCUGAGCAGGCAGAGGUGGAUGCCGCCGGACCAGUGUUAUACCGGGUGCUAGUCAGCAGCUAUGUAAGUGGUCCCUAGUGCCCUGUAACAUGGUUUGUAUAAUUACUUCAACAUAGAGGGGCGACCAAACAAGUAGAGCAGUAAAGCGUGUGCCGGCGCCGCCCUACACGGCCGCCUAAUUGGCCUACAGGAAGCGCCGGCCCUGGCCACAAGAGGAGCUACCGAGAAACUGCCCGAUAAAACAUGGUCAUGUGAAGUAGAAGCUCCCCACAUGAUUCAAUGGAAAUUUCCUAUGGAAAAGCUUGGAUGCGUGAGUAGUGCUCAUCUCGCAUGCGCAUCAGAUCCUCAAUGCUCCUCUUUGGACCAUCAGGGGGGACGUUAUUCUGCCUCCAUGACAUCACAGGAGACACAGAGGAAUGCAGCAUUGAGGGAGUCUUGGUGCUAAAAAAAGUUAAGUAAAAGUCUUUAUUUUAUUUUAUAUGCACACACGGGAUGCGGUGCAAGGUUUGGGGGGUGGGGGUAUCUAAACGUUUUGUAUUCUUUAUAAUUCUUUAUUUUUGGUAUGCAGAUAGGUACAACAGUGCCUGUAUCGCCACAACAGCGUCAUCAGGCUCGAUUUCCAAAACAAUUUUAUAACAGUAUUGUGGCAUAUAGGGUAUGCAUACAUUUUUUAAAUAGGAAAGGUAACGAUAAUUAAGAGGUCUAAUAUCCAUUGACUGACGCCACAACAUCGUGUUGAACGAAGUACUAAGAUUAGACAGUGGCUUAAGAGAUUACCCAUGUUAUGUAAUGGUAACAAGCUUGGUUAGACAGUGAAAUCGUUAGAUUAAAGUAAAACAAAAUAAAUAAUAUGCUUAGGUUACAGGCUAUACGUCGCAUUUCUGGAUUAAGUGUUAAGGUAAGUAUAGCAUGAGUAGGAAGUGCAUGCUAAGUAAAACAUAUACGCUUGUGGCGAGGAAGAAACACAACAGAAAACAAUACUAUGGCAUGCUAUGUAGAUGCUUAAAUUUUACAAUUAAGGUGUUUCAGUAGGCAAGAGUGUAUGAAAAAAGAUAUAGUGCAAGCGUAUCAAGCAUGACAUGUAGUUGUUGCUUGUUAUAAGAGAGUGAGAGGAGAGCGAGGCAGGUAUGGCACAGAAAAGAAAACAUAUUAAUAGCUGGAGUCUGCUCAUUUACACAGGAUCUGCGUUAACUAGGUUCUGCUUUGAAUGGACAGUCCAUAUAGCAAUGAUGAAUCUAGUCCGAGGUAUGUUAAGCGGUAUGACAUAUGAAGCCAUAUACUGAGCAAUAUGGAGCUCACGGUUUUUAGAGUCCAGUCCGGGUUGUUCAUCCCACGCCUGAUGCUCGGAGGGUGGUGCUGGCGUGAUGGAUCUUGUGCGGGUCGUCGUCUAUGUCUCCUUGCCAGAUCUUUCCCCUGGUGAGCCCCAUUGCGUUGGGUGCUUCGCUGCGGCUCUGGGACUGUCUCUUUAGCGCGGUCAUCUUGUAGAGACUUCUGCCCUGCUGACCCACCGCUCGUUCCGGGCGAGGUUUGCCUUGUCCGAUUUCAUGCCGAUUGUUUGCUGCUAAGGCUGGUUGUUUGGGUCGGUGCUUCCUGAGUACCUGUGCGGUUUCAGGUAUUAGCCCCGGUCCACUGCUGCUUUUUGCGAGGCACCGAGUGUUGGGCCUCCUGGCCGUUCUUUGCAGGCGACAUUUGUUUGCGGGCAUGUAUCUGGGGUCGGGGGUCCGCACUACCCGCUUAUCAGCUCCGUGAGAGCCCUGUUGUAGGAUGACUUCAGGAGCUUGGGGUCUCAUGCGCGCCUCUAACUUCUUCCAAAACGCGGCGAAAAUUGCAUUCAGUCUGAGUUCCGUGUCGAGCUCCGCAUCUCCUGGGCCUGCAGUGUGAGGGACAUCCGCCAUCUUGCGGGCUACAGAGGCGGGAGUCCCGUGCCUCCUUGUCUCUGUCUCUCUCCUCCCGCUCUGCCAGAGAGUUGCGUAGGGGUGGACCGGGAUGACCCCCACCGGUCCAUAGGGGGGGGAACGGGUGUUCUGGGGCACUUUUCUGGCCUGUCUUGGUGGAGGGAGGGCGGCCGUCCCUCCCGCUCCCGCCAUGCUGGUAGGCCUUAUCCGUGUGGCCGGUACAUACCGGGGCAUGUGUCACUCGUUUGAUAUCGCCGUAUGUGUCCCGGUGUCGUCUGUCACCUGGUGGCCUUUGAUUAGCUUAGUAGUGUCGUUUUUGUGGCUUUUUCCUCGCUUUUUUGCACUGUUCGGCAGGAGCUGCAGAGGUUUGCUUCCUCUCAGUCCUGCGGUCAGGCCCCGCCCCCCCACGUUUUGUAUUCUUAAUGCUUUAGUGUUCCUUUAAAAAUAAAACUGAAAAUAAUAUUGUCAAUAUUUAUUUAUUUUUUCUAUUAAAACAUUAAGAUAAUUUAGAAAAGCCUCAUGUUCCAUAGCAUUGCAUCCCAUAGAAUAGGACAUGGUUUCCUCAAAGUGAAAUAGCUGCAUUUAUUCACCAAUGUCUUUUAUCAAUGCUUAUUUACAAACACAAAUGUACAAGUAAUGAUAGUGACUGUUUCUUUUCAUAGGAGCCGGAGGACGUGGUGGAUACUCCUAACAAUUCAGAAGUUUGGGAUGCCCUUAAAAACGGUAUGAUAAAUUUGUUAAUUUAUAUAUCCUGCAAUUGAUGUGACUAUCACACAUGAAUGCAGUGUAAUUGAAUAAGUGUGUAUUUAGCCAGUCCGACUGCAGAAAAGGGAAACACGGAAGUCCUAGACGCAUUUAAAUACUUCAGUAAUUCUCAGUAUACCUUAUCCUGUUAUCCUGUUAUCCUGUUAUUGAUAAAUUCAAAUAUUUUAAAAUCAACAACAAAACAAAUGUAAACCCUUCCAAAUAACUUAGAAAAUCAUACCAUUCGUUGGAACCAGUGAAUGUUAGGUGCUACUAUCACCUUGUGUGAAUCACUCAAACACACAUAAAUAGUGAAACAAAGUGUAAAAAAUGAUGGUGGUGAGAGCACUCAAAUUAAUAAAUAAAGAUAUUACCAGUAUUGGUAUAAAUAUAUACCUAAAAGAAUAUAAAACAUAAAAAGACCAUAGGGUAAUACAGUUUACACUUAUGUACAAAUCUGUGAAUAACUGGUCAAACUCACAUGCUGCUGAGUCACUUAAAAAAGCUGACUCAGACUAUAGGUUUGUAGCAGAGAUGAAUCUUAAUAAAGAUGGACUUCUGCAACGGCCCAGAUGAAGCCAAAUUCGUCUGGAAGCACUCAGAUUCCAAGAAUUCAGGAUACAGGAUCAAAAGUAAAUAAUUUUAUUUAAACUUCCAUUAAAAACGAAUUACAGAUAAAAUUCAGUCCAUAUAAUAUGCCACUGACGCGUUUCGGCGGAAUGCCUUCUUUAAAGUGGUGUAAUUUGUUCAUCUCUGCUAGUUCUGUUUAUAAACCCAAAUUUUGGCGCUUUCCUGGUGACUUUCGGUUUCUACUUCCGCAUUCGUCAUCUUUUUGCGUCCGACGUCAUCUUUACGCAUCCUAUGUCGUGACGUCAUUAUGACAACGUUACCCGGAAGUACUUCAGACACCAUUUUGGAAAGUCUGUUUCUAUUACAUACUUGCCCAUACAUACUGGGAGGAGUUGGAAGUUUUUUCUAAGGAAGAACUUGGGGCAAGUCUGGUCCUCUACAAACGAUACAUAGACUGUAUUUUUAUUGUUUGGAGAGAUACAGAGGGGUCACUUUUAAACUUUCUUAAUGAUUUGAAUAGAAAUAACUGGCUCUGUAAGGAAGUCUGGGAGCUCAUAUAUGGCAGACCUCACACCACUACUCAGCCUGCAACCUGAGCUGCGGUAUUCGAUUAUCGAUCCCACUCCAGGAGGGAGGCCCAUCUGAACAAAAUUUGUGACUAGAUCUCCACUUACCCAACAAGCUUCCCAACCUCUGGUGAUGCCUUGAGCCCGAUACCAUGCAGAGGGGCAAAUGAGCAUCACUGGAUAAGCAGAGAGGGCUCCCCUUAUAGCCUGGGCGUUAGGAGGUGUUGAACUAUGGUGCAGCGGCCUACCUAGAGCUCGGAAACACAUGGAACAAGUCUUUCCCACCGUGCAGCAUGAAGACGAGCACCGACAACAUUCCUGUAAUAUUGAUGGACUGUCUGAAGUGGCCCAUAAGUGGGGUGGGAUGAAAUUCUGACGGCAAGAUCCUGCUAAUUCACAAACAAGCCAGUCUGCAAUGCAGGGCAUUCUGUGUCUCCGUUCACUACAAGUACCCAGUGGUAGUAUAGUGUCUCAGUUAGUAGUAGCAUGUUUUUCGGUAUACUUUAUGAUUUUGCUUAUUUCUGCUUUACAUUCAUUUACACGCAUUAUACAUGCAUUUUGAAUGUCUAGACAACUUUUUGUGCUAGCUAGCACACUACUUCCCUAGACAUGCUUAACUAGCUUGUUCAUUGAAACAGGAUUUAAAAUAAAAUGUGCAGUGAUUCAGACAUGUAUUAUAAUAACCUAUAUGUUACCUCUUUUUAACCCUACCAUUUACAAUUUCUUUGAUUUUCUGUACCAAUUACCAUGCACAACAAAAAUAAAGAAUUAAAAAUCUUCCCCCAUUGCUUUUAGUCUAUCUCUCUUCCAGGCUGGACAAAAUUGAUAAAGAUAACAUGCAAGUGUAAAUUCCACAUAAUCAAUCAUAAUUGACUGUUGGGGCAGUCUUUGCAUGUCAGGGAGAGCCUUGGUUUUUGACAAAAAAUGUGGGACACCCAUAGACUCUUGUCAACAUAACCACUAGACUGAGCUAUGCAUAGUAAUGUUCACUGUUGGAAAGACAGCUCAGUCCAAGUCAAGCCUGUGGUAUACUCACACUGCACACAGGCUGUACAAAAGUCACACUCCAAUUCAGUACCCAUUAUCCAAAAGGAGUAACGGACUUUGAAAUGAAAGACUGCAUGGACAGGGUUCUUGCCCUAUAACCAAUUCAGAAAUCUGAAGUGUUUUUGGUGCUUAGAGUAACUCUUUAGGGUGAAAAUCUGACAUUCUGACAACAGUGUUUAGACUUGCAUUUGUAUGUUGAAUGAUUUAGUACAUCAAAAGUGGGUAACUUAGGUUGACUUGAUUGUUACUGGAAAAUAUUUUUGCAUGAUUUUGUGCAGCAUGUUUUUUGGAACCCCAGUUUACAGUCUGCACUGUACAAUACCUGGCUCCUUCACGUAUUCCUUGACUUAUCAUAUUUCACUAAUUAUAUAGGAGCCUAUUGUUUACAUACAAUGUACAAUUUACUUUCGGUUCACUGUUUACUCAUUACUAAGGCUUGGCAGGCAGCUCAUUUUUUUAAAAAUCAGAACGUAUUGUCUGGCUGAAACAACACAGACUGGUUUUUUAAAUGUGCAGUUUAGUUUUCACCUUUUCUUUUAACUUUCAUAUGUGAAAACUUGCAUUUGGCCUGUGCCGUGCAUUACUACACAUUACUAGCUGUAAUUUAAUCCUUACUUUUGAAAACAUUUUUAAUUACUUCUUUAGUAUGCUCUUAUCAUUCUUAUUCUCCGUCUACUAUUUUUCACCUUUACAUAUCUUAUUUACCCUUCUAGUGUUUUGUUCCUUUUGGGAAUGUCCCUCCUCCCCCUUCCUGUGUUAUUAGAUUUGUUUGUUUGCUCCUGAUGUACGGUGCCGGGCGCAACCAUGGAGUUUCUUUUGUUACUUAUAAAAUGAAGGGUUUGAACGAUAGCUUUGGCAUCCUUUGCAAUGAUGAAAGAGUACAUAAAAUUUCUGCAAAAACUUGAUCCCCUCAAAUCAGAGAAAACUAUUCACAAAACUGUUCCAUGCACAUGCCUCCGCCAAACAAUGCAGGGGGCUGUAUGCUAUUUAAUCCCUUUGUUCAUUAUUAGCCUCCUGAAUGUUUUUGCCCCCAGUGAAAAUUACCGAUGAUUUUAUGAGAAACUAAUUUCCAUGCUGGAGUCCCUGGUUACUCCUCAUUGGGGGUGACUUUAAUGCUAUUUUAGAAAACCACGGUGAUAGAGCUCCUUUAGGAACCCAUUGCUCUUCUCAAUUGAACUCUGGCAUUUUUAAUCAUCUGCUUCAGGUGAUUCAUCACUGCAACGAUUGGAGAGUGAGUCAUGCAACACAGAAUGACUUUACCACGUUCUACUUUCACCAAAGGAAAAUGUAUUCAAGACUACACUACUAUUCGAUUUCACAAUAUAGUAAAAGGUUUAUUGACAGCUGUGCGAUCGUGGUUGUCACAUGACCAUUUAACACUACACUUAACACUAAUAGGUAUAUGUCUGCGCAGAGGUCACCUUUCACAUAAAUCUCUACUUUUCAGAAAAUAAUCAAGACAACUUAUCUGUUAGCCUUAUUUGUGUUGUAUUCAAAGCAUUUAUCACACAUUGCUCUUUAAACCAUAAACUUUCAUUUAAACCGUAAACAUAAACAUGAACAAACAAUGAGCCGCCUGAUGAAAAAAACUUAAACAUCUAGUGACAACACAUCAGGUGAGUCGAGACUUGUGAGUCCUGCAAGAAAUCUGUGAUGUUCACUCAGAAAAUAAAUGGACUGUGUUCAGACGCAGUGAUUCAAGGAUUACAGAGAACUGAUUGGCUAUUCUUUGAAAAGGCCAACAAACUUGACACAUUGGCUAAAAAAUUUAAGGAGGAGAGCUUCAUUAUAAAUUUACGGGAUUCAUGAUGCAAGUGAAAGAAAAUCUGAAAACGGGUAAGGGCCUUAUGAUUUUACAGCCAUGUCCUUUAAUAAGUUUAGACAUGAACUGUCCCCACAUCAAAGGAACCUAUUUAACACAAUAUUCAAGGGAGAUAGAUUGUGGAACUUGUUAUUAAAUGUACAUAUUGUAGUCUUGCUGAAAAAAUGGUAUGGCUAUGACUCGAUGCGCCAGCUACAAGCCAGUCCAAUGUGGACAUCAAGAUGUAUGCUAAAAAAUUAACUAAUCGUCCUCUUCUGCCUACUCUCCUCAACCUGGACUGGGUGGGUUUUAGUGUAAGGCAUGUGGCACUAAAUGCCAUUAGACUUGUUUUGGAUACCAUUGAUAUCUGUUAGAAAUUUGGCUGUCAAUCAGUGUUGUUAGUGUUGGACACAGAGAAGGCUUUUGACCAGGUGGAUUGGAGCUUUCUCUGGGAGAUUCUGGACCAAGCCGGACUUCCACACCCCUCAUUCCACUCACAAAGACCACAAGGAAAGAGUAUUUGCGAUGGAGGUCCUGUGCUCGGUGUGUGAUUAAGAACAGUACCAGGCAGGAUUGCCCUGUGCAAUCAGAGAGAGAAAGGAUUUCUCUGUAAAUAGGCAUGCAGGGACAGUAAACAAAUUAAGCAUUUUUACUUAUGAUAUACUUUUUACUGUUACCAGACCAACAGUUAAACUACCAGGCCCAUACAAAUUUAUCUCCAUGUUCUCAAAACUCUCAGACUUUAAAAUGAAUCCAAAAACAUGUGCUGGCCUAAAUAUUUCCUUGGGAGAUAAGAAGUUUCUCGAUAUCACCUCUAUAUUUCGUUCCAAAAUAAAAUGACCACAAAUGAGAUAUCAGGGAAUGAGGGUCAUGCCUCUAUGGAAGUUUCUCACCCCUGUUCUCCACCCCUGUUCAAAGAAAUACAAAUUCUUCUAGUCUACUGGAUGCCCUACAAUAUUUCCCUGAUUGGCCAUGUUCAUACAGUAAAAAUUAUGGUUUUACCAAAAUUGCUUUACGUGUUUAGAACUCAUCCAAUCCCACUCCCAGCAAAAAAAAUCACAAAAACUAGAGACAGCAUGUUACACUUUAUACCGGCAGAUAAAAAGUGAGGUUAUCAUCUACAAUUGUUCUACAGUCUAGGUGUUCAGGAGGCCUUGUUGUCUCUGACCCUGUUAUAUUCUACACAGCAGCUCGACUGGGUCAAACUCUUAAAUGGGAAUCUCCCCAAUAGGUCACAAGUGACCGGUGAAAAUUGAGGAUGCCAUUUGUUCUCGAUAGCAUCGUUCAGACAUCAUUUGGAGCAAGGUGCAUAAGGACUACUGGACAAUUUGCUGCCGACAACAGCACACAAUUACCGCAUAUGGAGAAACCAUGUAUAUAGAGGUGGUCUGUCUACUAAGGAAACGUCCAUGUCAUUGGUGAACGUGAAUCCUUGUUUUUACCAUCAAUGUAAGAGAGAACCAGAUAAUUAUUUAUGGUGGACAUUGAUGUGAUUUCUAUUGCUGAUGUUAAUCACAGGUGACUUCCACUUAUGAAGGCAUUUUUGAUAACUGCCAAUGUCUGGAAUGAUAACUUUGGAAUAAUCUCCCAUUACCUGGAAGUUGUAGUGAGAAGUCGGGAUCUACCAUACCUGACUAAGUUUGAAAAGCUAUAAAAAUUUGACUGUUUUGCUGGUGGAAAUAUAUUAACAAUACACUGUCUGCACAAUAAUACUAAAGUAGACAUUUUUAGAGACUAUGGGAGUUUGACCUGGGUAGUGAGAAAGACAGUAAAGGAUGGGUUGGUGGAUGGCAAAGGGUGACACAACAUGUUACAACCUCUUGUUAUGCACCAUAAACAAAGAGAAUGGUUAUUAAUGAAUUUCAUGUUGGUAUAUCUAUCCUGUCCGGUCUUUAAAAUGUUCACGUGAAUUGUCUGAGCCAGGACAUAUUUUCAUACGUGGUGGGAAUAUGAUCUUAUUGCGGUAUUCUCAUCUUACAUAGUUACAUAGCUGAAAAGAGACUUGCGUCCAUCAAGUUCAGCCUUUCUCACAUUUGUUUUUUGCUGUUGAUCAAAAAGAAGGCAAAAAACACAGUUAUAAGCACUUCUAAUUUUGCAACAAACUAGGAAAAAAAUUCCUUCUUGACCCCAGAAUGGCAGUCAGAUUUAUCCUUGGAUCAAGCAGUUAUUACCCUACAUUGAAAGAUUAUAUCCUUGAAUAUUAUGUUUGAACAUCUGUAUGGACUCUGAUAAAACCACUUCUUCAGGCAGAGAAUUCCAUAUCCAGAUACAUCCAUCAAUCCAGAUCCAGGUUCGGCACUCCUGAAUUUGUCUCCAGCAUUGACUUGUCUUCGUACUAACAUUCUCAAGCUGUGUAGUAAGAUUUGUAUUACCACAAUUACCUGUGUUGUUAAGAACUGGAGAGAAGAUAUUUUUGAGAUACUUCGAGAUAUUCAUGUCAGAAAUGUAAUUUAAGCAUGAUAUGGAGGAAAUAACCUCUAAAUGGAGAAUUGACAAACAUCACAAAAUUAGCGAUGCCUGGCCAGAUAAGACCUAAUGAACAGUGACUCGCUGGUUCAUUGGACCCUAUUGUCUCUGUGGAUGUCAGUUACUGUAUAUUCCCCUUUUUUGUAAGCUCUACUCUUUUCAUUUCCUGCCUUCUCCUAUCGACUUUCUGUCUGAGAAAGUGUGGGGUGUUUUUGGAAGCCCUACCAGUUUCAUAUUUUGUAAUAUGACGUAAUCUUUGUGGAUAAGCUUUUCAAAUGAGUUAAUAUUUUUGCAUACACUUUUAAAAUGAUGUCAUAUUUAGAUUAUAAUUUUAUAUAUGAUAUGCUUUUUAUAUAUAUGUAUUUUAAAAUCUUUUUAAAAAGAUUAUUCAAAAUAUUAAAUCACUUGGAAAGUUUAUCCAAAAAUAAUAAAUCGAGGUCUUAAUUAAUUUUUUCUAACCUUCUAUUUAAUACAUGCUGCCCUUUUUUAAGCUACUCAAUUUUUUUUUUUAAAUGGUAUGUGAUCAAGGUCAACAGUUUUAGAUGUAAGUUAUAUAUUUUUUCUUGAGUUAUAUUAUAUAAUGUGUUUCCCACAGUCUGUAUUGAUACUUUCUUUCAUUUUCAUUUCUCAGUCAAAUGUUUUGAUCACACUCUGUGCUUUGUAAAUUUGCACACUCUGCAUAACUGUUUUGAUAUCCUUUGUUCUCUUUUUAUUCAUUGUAUAUUUUUCCCUUAACAGUAUCUAAGGCCAUCUAUCAGACAUAUGUUGAUUUGUGGCUGAAAGCCCCAGGAAAGAUAGAGAAUCAUCCUCUCUAUAAACAAGUAAACAAUGGCAUACUGGAUAUCUAUAAUAAUGCAAAACAAAAAAUGUGCCGUAUUGAAAGCAGCAAACUAAUUCUAAUUGUAGCCAAUGGGUUAACUAAACAUUUACGGAGGUUCCGAAAAAACAAGAUCACCAACCAGUAAGUAAACAUUCUCUGUAAUAAUAUCCUUAUUGUAAAUAGUUUUAGCAGUGCAUGGCAUUGUGAUUUAAUGUGUGUUCUUAAAAAUAGUGGUAACGGGGGCGGGGCCUGGACGCCAUACUGAGCGGUCGCAUGGUCGGUGAGCUCCUCUCCUAAAACUAAAUUAAAACGACGAAACCACAGGCUCACCGACUCCUAAUCGACACUAAAAGGGACCCAAGAAAGCUGAAAGCACACCGGACUGUUGCCGUUGCGAUCGAGUGGCCCACAGAGACUGAAAACCAGAUGCUGGAAAACUGCGGCCUAGCGAGACUCGGGCGGGAGGAACGGCCGACCUCCUAGACGGGAAUCAAAACAAACCGCAACGUAUUGAGCUUCGUGCUUAACCCCUCCCCCCCUUUGGACCGGUGGGGGCUAUCCCGGUCCGCACAAGCUUGCAAUCAGUGGCGAUAACUAUCCCCACAGCUGCAAUAGCCCUUGCCAACCCACUACCGCACAACACAAGAUGGCGGCUGUCUUCUGUCAGAGUGAACCCAGACACAUGCAGUCUGAAGCGCUCCAGCUCAGCCCCACGGAACAAGCCUGGCGGAGGCUGGAGAAAUUCAUUGAAAGGCUCUGGGACCCUGUGGAGAUACACCUGCAGCCCACAACACCUCAUCUCGGAGGAGAGACUCGUGAGAACAGGCCCAGGCUGAAAGAGAAACCCUCACCAAGUAUUCUCACCUCGCGGCCACCACAACCCACGAUGGUGAGCCCACCAGCGCCGGGGGCCAAGAGACGCAAAACCCCAAAACACCAUGCAUACAGAUCGCGGCCUCACCGCUGCAGACAGCGCCGGCACAGAGCCACCAGCCACCCCCCUCCACAGCAGGAUACGACCCCUAAGCGACACCAAGACUGUGGUGUGCGGAAACCAACCCGCCACCAGAGAGGGAGAAGCGACCCGCGCCAAACCCAGAGUGUCCCAACCAGCCUACAGCAUUUGCAGCACAGCCUGAGUUCCCGUACACCAGACAAGGGGACCGAGAUACCCGAACAUGGGAUGAACUGUCCACGAUGGCAUGCACAGGGUAUUGGUUGAAGACCGCUAACACUGCCUCCCCUCUGCGCCCCUUAUGUUGCCUGGCAAACGGACUGACCUGGGACAAACCUCACGGGAACCCUAACAGUUCCUAUCAAGCUUGUGGUUUAUAUUUGAUCUCUCAUAACCUACAAAGCAAUGAUACCUUGUUAAACUUUUAUUUCAGCUUAGUGAUGCCUUAGUUUAAUCCUAAAUGUUGAAGCUCACGUAAUUUUAAGCAGCCCAGAGGCUUACUAGCUCUUAACACUUGGGCAGACCCUGUUCAGUAACGACGACUAAUCAGGCUUCCCUAGUAUCACAGCGCUACCUGACAACCAAUCUUUGACAUGCUGAUAUCCUGUGGCAGCCUGCCCUCAUAACACCUAGCAAGACACACAGUUCUAUACCUAACUACUAACCUGUUUAUCUUACCAUAUGCUCUUCCUACAUUUAAACAUGUAAAAAUUGUGCAGAACCACUACCGCAAUGACUGCAAUGUUAUAGUAUUCUAACGUGUACUACUGUUUUGUAACCUAUUAUGUAAGCUGUGCGCAACAAAAAUAAAGAAUUAUAAAAAAAAUAAAAAUAAAAUAGUGGUAACACAUUUUCUUGGUAAUAAUCAUCUCUGCACACCACAAUUUCGGAACUCUACGAAGGAACUCUGCAAUACACUCCUACAUAGCAAACAUUACUGUUUGCUCGGUGUGGAGCUCUGUGGUAUAUAUUAAUGUGCACGACCGUGACAUGACAGUUUUAUUCAGUUUCUAGUAGAAUCAUACACCCCACUCAUUACUGUGUGAGUUUUGCUUCUUGCGGAGCUCUGUGAUACAUUAAUGCACACUCUAUAUUGCUGUGAGUUUUAUUGCUAUGGAGCUCUGUGAUACACUAAUACACACUGUAUAUUGCUGUGAGUUUUAUUGCUAUGGAGCUCUGUGAUACACUAAUGCACACUCUAUAUUGCUGUGAGUUUUAUUGCUAUGGAGCUCUGUGAUACACUAAUGCACACUCUAUAUUGCUGUGAAUUUUAUAGCUAUGGAGCUCUGUGAUACACUAAUGCACACUUUAUAUUGCUGUGAGUUUUAUUGCCCUGGAGCUUUGUGAUAAAAUAAUGCACACUGUAUAUUGCUGUGAGUUUUAAUGCUAUGGAGCUCUGUGAUACACUAAUGCACACUGUAUAUUGCUGUGAGUUUUAUUGCUAUGGAGCUCUGUGAUACACUAAUGCACACUGUAUAUUGCUGUGAGUUUUAUUGCUAUGGAGCUCUGUGAUACACUAAUGCACACUGUAUAUUGCUGUGAGUUUUGUUGCCCUGGAGCUUUGUGAUAAAAUAACGCACACUGUAUAUUGCUGUGAGUUUUAUUGAUAGGGAGCUCUUUGAUGCACUAAUGCCCACUGUAUAUUGCUGUGAGUUUUAUUGCUAUGGAGCUCUGUGAUACACUAAUGCACACUCUAUAUUGCUGUGAGUUGUAUUGCUAUGGAGCUCUGUGAUACACUAAUGCACACUGUAUAUUGCUGUGAGUUGUAUUGCUAUGGAGCUCUGUGAUACACUAAUGCACACUGUAUAUUGCUGUGAGUUUUAUUGCCCUGGAGCUCUGUGAUACACUAAUGCACACUGUAUAUUGCUGUGAGUUUUAUUGCUAUGGAGCUCUGUGAUACACUAAUGCACACUGUAUAUUGCUGUGAGUUUUGUUGUAUGUAUGUGGUUGGAUGGGUGGCUGAAUGGCAAUGUGUGACUGGGUGUAAGUAGGUGAAUUGUGUGUGGAACUGUGGAUGUGUCAGGAUGGUGGGUGUAAAUGGGUAGGUGAGGGUAUGUGUGACAAGGAGGUUGGCUGCAAGUUAUUUGGAAGUGAGGUGAGGGUAUGUUACAAGGUGGAUGUGUGUAAGCAACUGAUGUUAUAUUAUUAGAUGUAUACAGUAAGAAUGUAGCCCCAUGGAGCAAGCGCAGUAAAAUGGGACCUUGACAGGGUUGGAGACAGGCUUAGGUGGGGAUGGCUAAGAUUGGUAGUUUAGGUUGGGGGGCAGGCUUAGGUAGGGAUUUCUAAGAUUGGUAGUUUAGGUUGGGGGGCAGGCUUAGGUGGGGAUUUCUAAGAUUGGUAGUUUAGGUUGGAGGCAGGCUUAGGUGGGGAUUUCUAAGAUUGGUAGUUUUGGUUGGGGGGCAGGCCUACUAUAAAUAGGUCGCCCAUCUUAGUUUGGUCACAACUAAUUACUCCCCAUUCUGGAUUGGUCCCUCCCUCUCUCCCUUGGUUAGAUUGAGUGGUUCCAGUCUCGCUUAGUCACAGCAGAGGGGUUGGUGAGAGAAGGCUAGGGUGAAACGUGGUCUCUGGUUUAAUUAAGAAGAGUUAAGGAAGUCGGCUGACUUGUUCCAAAUUGGUUGGUUACAAUGUUGGUAUAAUGGUGGCGGGUUUUGAGCCCGUCGGUGACUCAGAACUUUGGAGGUGUAGGGGUAUCCGGGUAUACCCCUACCAUUAUGUUGCACUUUAAUUUUGUAUAUAUUUCUGUGUUGUUACAUUGUUAUUAUAAUGUUUACUAUAGUGGUCAUUUCCUUUCUUUAUGACAUAUGGGAUAUAUAUUAUGAUGUAUGGGUGGAGGGGCGGGGCUAUGACUUUAAAUGUUUCUGUUGAUAUUUUGACAUUUUGAGAUAUUAUUAUAUUAUUAUUAUUAUAUUGUUAAUAAAGCUGUGGACAUUUUGACCAAUACCUUAGAGUGGCUGUGUUUAAUUGGUAAAGGGGCGGGGCAUGGGUUUUUGGGAAAUCUCCACCUGCCCAUAUGGCCAGGGCCAUCUUUAAUAUUGAUUGGACCCUGGGCAAAGCAUUUGCUUGGGCCCCCUGGACCCUGUACACCCUUCCAGGCGUGCAAUCACGGUAUCAACCUUAAUGCAGUGGCAACCUAAAGUAGAGACGUCCAAGAAUAUUUUUUGGGCCUCCCUAUUGCAAGGAUGUUUAAAAGGUAGAUCCCCAUCUGUCGUGCAACUCCAGCAAUGCAGCUGGGGCUCUACCAUUUGGGCCCCCUGGACCCUGUACAACCUUCCCAAGCAUGCAAUCAAGUUAUUACUCUUAAUGCAGUGGCAACCUAAAGUAGAGAGGUGCAAGAAUAUUUUUUUGGGCCUCCCUAUUGCAAGGAUGUUUAAAAGGUAGAUCCCCAUCUGUCGUGCAACUCCAGCAAUGCAGCUGGGGCUCUACCAUUUACCCAUGUUUGCAGGUUUGCAUUUAGCACUGAGCAGUUUUUGUGUGUUUUAAUGUAAACAGGUUUUUGUAUGGAAUAUGUUUGUAUGUGGUGUUGGCGUUUGAAUGUAAGCAUGCAUUUAUGUUUAGGGUUGGUUUUUGAAUGCAGGGGUGUGUAUACAUAUAAUGUUGGUGUUUAACACAGACGUGUAUUUGUAUGUAAAACCGGUCUAUGGGUGAAGCGCUAUAUAAAUGGAUAACCAAAGUGGAGAGAUAGUACCAAGUGAUAAACACCAGAAAGAUGAAAAUAUACCUUCUAUUAAUAUAAUUCACAAUACUCCUUUAUAGGGAUUUCCUAAAAACAUAAACAGAAAAAUCCAAACAUAGUGCAAAUCUGUAAUGAUAAAAGAUGUGGUAAAAAUAUACAAAGGGCCCACUCACACUUUUAGGAGCUAGAGGGGUAUAGCUCAAUUGAAGCACUUUUUGAGUCCGUAGAAGCGACUCUUAUCCCUUCUUUUAACUCUUCCUUUCUUGUAUUCUGGAAUGUAUAAGGGAAAAUACCUCUGGUGCAAUAACGUAGGCUAGGUGUAUAUAUUAUCGUAAGGGAAAUAGGGUACUUACAAACCCAGAGCCAUCCACAUUGGCUCUGAUCCAAUAUCUUAUGUGGAUUAAGGACCACACUCCUUCUUUGUGAAUAGCAGGAAAAUGCCAAUAGUGUAUCUCAAAAAUAUAAACUUUAUUGACUAUAUAUACAAUAUAAGUACAAUAUAAAUAUAAAAAAUAUAUAUACAAAAAACACUAUAAUGGCAUAAAAAGUCCAGUAAUUUAAAAGUCUUUUUGCUCACAAUGUUCCCAGGACGCGUUUCGCCGUGAAGGCUUCCUCAGCUGGAUGUGAAAAAAGUCUGUUACCCUCUUGUACUGGCUCCUGCUAUAUGUACCCCUCCUGGGGUGAAAAUGCUUGGUUUACGGCUUGAAUUUUCGCGGGCUAUCACCAUGGGGAUGGUGACGCACAGCGUGUCAAGCCUCUUUCCUUCUCCCUUUCCGGGUACUACUGUCGGUUCGUCACUUCCGUUUUUUUCGAUCGCAAGCCGUCACGUCAUACCCGUGCGUUCCAGCUUGCGUUCCAGCUGCCUUCCGGCUUGCGGUUCAGCUUUCCUAUGUCAUAUUACGCCGGCAUCAUCGCAGGCAGAAAGAAGGAGGAGAACAAGACAUUUGUACAUAUUUAUUAAAUUUUACAAGUCUUUGCCAAAACUCUUUUGAUUGUUUCUUUUCGUCUGGUUUCUUUCCACUUUGGUUAUCCAUUUAUAUAGCGCUUCACCCAUACACCGGUUUUACUGCAUUUUUGAAAGAUAAGAUUGGGGUGUUAUAGCAGCUGAAAUUAGUGGGAUUCUUUAUAUAAUUGUGUCAUACUUUAUUCAUAUAUCAGCGCUGGUACUUUACCUGUUUUCUAGAGUGUAUUUGUAUGUAGUGAUGAAGCUUGAAUGCAGAGGUGUAUUUGUGUGUAGAGUUAGCGUGUGAAUGUUGAGAUGUAUGUACAUAUACACACACACAAACAAACGUAGAUCUACACACACUGAAACACAUGCAGACACACAUAUAUACAUACACACUAACACAUAAAUACACCACCUGACACAUAUAUACAUAACCUGACACAUAGAUACACAGACACACAUACAAAUAACAUACAGAUACACAUACUGACAACAUACAGAUACACCGAAACACACAAAGACAACAUACAGAUACACACUGGCAAAGAUACAGACACACCGAUACACAUUCUGACAUACACAAAUAUACAAACACUGACACACAUGCAGUUACACAGACACACAUAUACACACCUGGCACACUUGCAGAUACACAGAUACACAUACAGACUUCAUAUAGAUACACACACAUAUAUACACACACUGAUACACACACAGAUACACACAAUGACAACAUAUAGAUACACACAUAGAGACAGACAAACUGACACACAAACAUACACUGAUAGACAUACUUACACAGACACAAACUGACAGACAUACUGACACAUAGACAGAUAUAUACUGAAAGACACACAGACAUACUGACACACUGACAGACAUGCUGACACCCACUCACCCACGUACUGACAAAAAGAGCCAUACUGAUACAGACACGCACACACUGACGUACAUGUGGACACACACAGACACAUAAACUAACAGAUAUGCGGACACACACACAUAUACUGACAGACAUAUUGACACACACACAGGCAUACUGACACGAUGACACAUACACUGAUAGACAUAUUGACACACAUACACUAAGACAUACUGACAGGCAUACUGACACACACACACUGACAGGCAUACUGACAGACAUACUGACACACACACACACUAGCAGACAUAAUGACACAUACAAUGACAGACAUAAUGACAUACAGACAUAUACUGAGACAUUCACAAAUACACACACACACACACACACACAACAUUUACACCAUUAAACCCACCCUCCAGUUUCCCACCUUGGAGAGUGGCUUUCCCACUGGUGGCUGAAGCUGUUGGGAGUUGGGGUCUGGCUAGCAUGGCCCAGACCCCCUCUGCUCUGUCUCUUCCUCUUCCCGCGCGCUACUCUGUUUAUGGGAGAAAGUGACUUGCGGCCAUCACUUCCUCCCAGCAGACUGACGAAAAGCAAGAGGGCCCGGUCACGCUCUUAAAGCGCCAUAGCACAAGACCGGGCCCCUGCUGACAGAAACCCACUGGGUGGCCCUUAGUGCAAGGGACACCCGGUGGGCCUCCUUAGUGUGUGGCUGCACCGGUGGGUGAGAGAAAUGCUUGAGGCCAGCGGGGCCCACGGUGCAGCUGCUUCAGGCCUCCCAGGAGUAACUAGGCCCGGGGCAGCUGCCCCGUUUGCCCCGCGGUAAAGACAGCCCUGCAUGUGACGACAAUGCACCUGUCAUGAUUAAAGAGACACCAAUAAUCUAAGUACUUUUAGUGCAUAGAUCAUGUUCCUUUUCUUUGGCAAUGGAUAUUUUCAAGAUCUUCACAUUGUGUGUGAUCAUGCAGAGCAUGAUGAUACCAAGUGUGUGCAGGACUUCUCACAGAGUAAUGUCCAGUACAUCUCUGCUAUGAGAAGCAUGUGUUUGGCAGAAAGCUCUCUAUAUAGCCUGUGCUAAGUUUCAUUAGUUUUUUUUUUUAUUUACUUUUCUAUUUUAAAAAGAAAUAUAUUAAAAAUGUAAUAUGCAACACUCUAAUGUUUAAAAUAGGUACGAAUUGCAAGCGUAUAUUUGCAUUGGGUGUUACAUUGUGGGUGAAUGUAAGGAUAUACUUUUGUGGAGUGCUAGUGUGUGCCUGUGAAUGAGGGGUGUUUUUGUAUGGCGUAUUAGUGUGUGAAUACACUAGUGUGUUUUUUGCAGAGUGCCAGUAUGUGCAUGCAGGAGUAUAUCUGUGUGAAGGGUUAGUGUGCAUGUAUGCAGGUGUGUGUUUGUGCAUUGGGCUUCUAUCACUAUAGGCUCCUUGCACUUCUCUCCAUCCCCAUCUAAUUAUGUAUCUUUACAGACAUGAUCUCUUCCCCUCUCCCCACUUGCAGCCCUCUCCCCAUAUCCCUUUCUUCCAUCACUUGUCUCCUCCUUUUUGGUUCAUAUAGUCCUCAUUCCACUUUCCCUGUUUCUCUCUUCUUAUAGAUACCUUAUUCAUCUUUCUCUCCCCUCCUUCCUACCUUUGCUCUGAUGGCAUAGUACAGAUUUAUAUAUGCAAAACUGUAAAAAUAUAUAUAUUUUGACUUUCUUCACAUUUUACCAUACCCAGUUCAGUGCAAAAAUGUAUGGAAAAGAUCAAAGCCUAAACUAAAGCAAAACCUACAGUUUUCAUAGGAAGCAAACUGCUUUUUAAUAUAAUUUCUUACAUGGUUCCACCAUUGCAGUUGUCGGCUGUCUGUCUUAACAAGGAAUGGGUUAAUUUGCUGCAACAUUUGUAUCCAUAUUGAUUACAGAUUAUUUUUAUUCUAAAUGCGAUGAUACUCUCCACAUUACUUUUUAUGUUAAAAAUCAAAGUAUUUCCAUCAAAUUGGAAAUGAUAGAUUCAAUAUUUCAUUUUUGUUUUUUAAAAGAGGAAAGACACGAGAAGAAGAGGUAAAUUUUCUGCGCGAGAAAACAAAAUUGCUUCUGAAUCAUUUGUUGCCGAAUUCAAUGAAAGAUUCAGUUCAUUUACUGGCCAUGUUUACUGAGAUCAUUGCCAUAAGUGGUAAGUUAUUAUAUAAUUAUAAUCCUAUAUAUGUUUUAGUAGUAAAAUUGUGUAAUAAUACUGUGUUGACAUGUGUCCAUCCAAAUCAGCAGUGUUAUUCACUAAAGUUGUUAUUGCUGGGGGUGCAAAAUUAAUUAAAGGGACAAAAUAAUCACCAAAACAAGUUUAGCUUAAUGAAGCAGUUUUGGUGUACAAAUCAUUCCCAUGCAGUCUAUAUGCUCAAUUCUCUGCCAUUUAAGAGUUAAAUCAUGUUGUUUAUUAAAUCCUAGGCCCACCUCGCUGCAUGUGACUUUCCAUAACACUUCCUUGUGUGUGUCUUAUGGUCCCCUCAACUCCUUUGCGUGACUCUUACUUCCCUCCAUCCCCUUUGUAUCUCUUUCUCUCCAAGCCCCUUUGUGUCUUUUACUCCCACAGCCCCUCUGUGUGUCUCUUUCUCUUCUUCCCCCCAACCCCUCUGUUUAUCUCCUCACCCCAGCCCCUCUGUUUAUCUCUUUCUCCCAUUCAGCCCAUCUGUGUGUGUCUCUUCACCCCAAGGCCCAUUGUGUGUCUCUUUCUCCACCCCAACCCCCUCUGUGUGUCUCUUUAUCCACCGCCAGAGACUCUGGGUCUCUCUCUCCACUGCCAGCCCCUCUGUGUGUCUCUUUCUCCACUGCCACUCUCUCUGUGUGUCUCUUCUGUCCAGCCCCUCUGUAAAGAGUCAUCUAAUGUUUAUACUUCCUUUAUUGCAAAUUCUCAUUAAUUUAGAAUUUAUUAUCUCCUGCUCUGUUAAUAGCUUGCUAGACUCAAUAGGAGAGAGUCCUUUAUGUAAUUAAAGUUCAUUUUAUAGAGCAGGUGAUAAGAAGUUUUAAAGUAAGUUACAUUUGAUUGAAAGUUAAACCAUUUUGUUUUCAUGCAGACUGUGUCAGUCACAGCCAGGGGAGCUGUGGUUAGGGCUACAUAAACAGGAACAAAAGUGAUUUAACUCCUAAAUGGCAGCGAAUUGAGCUGUGAAACUUCAGAGGCAUGAUCUCUACACCAAAACUGCUUCAUUAAGCUAAAGUUUUUUUGUGACUAUAAUGCCCCUUUAAUCUCAAAUUGUAGGCUAAAAUAACCAAACUGAAAACAUAGCUUAGUUCAGUUUGGCUAUUUUAGACAAAAAUCUAAAAUUCAGUUGGAUUUCACAAGAUUUCACAUUAUAGUGAAUUACCCUACAUAUAUGUACUAAUUCAGGAGUGUUAAUAUGCAUAUAUUCAGACUUUAAUGGUACAUUCACAGCCUAGCUAACCUGUGGCAAAAUUCAUGACAAGUAAGAGCACCUUAGUAUGGAUUAACUUGCAGAAUUUGCUUAACAGAUUAUUGGGAACUUGUUAUGCCAGGUACAACUUUAUUUAUAAUAGCUACUAAGGCUAUAAUUGCAUAAUCUAUGAUAAGGAUAAAUGAUAUGAUUAAAGGGAAACGUUUAAAAAAAAUAGUUGGGGGGUAGACACACAGAGGGGCUGGGGGAGAAAGAGACACACAGAUGAGCUGGGGUUGGACAAAGAGUCACACAGAGGGCAUGGAUGUGGAGAAAAUGACACACAGAAGGACUGUAGAGGAGAAAAGUAAAACAGAGGGGGCUGGGGAGAAGAGACAUACAGAGGGGUGGAGGGAAAAAGAAACACACAGAGAAGCUGGUGGUGGAGAAAGAGACACACAGAGGGGCUAAGGGUGGAGAAAGAGUCUCACAGAGGGACUAGGGGUGGAGAAAGAGACACACAGAGGAACUUGGGGUCAAGAGACACACACAGAGGGGCUGGAUGAGAGAAAGAGAUAAACAAAGGGGCUGGGGGUGGGGAGAUAAACAGAAGUGCUGGGGGGAGAUAAACAGAGGGCCUGGGGAAGGAGAGAAAGAGAUACACAGAGGGGCUGAGGGAGUAAGAGACACAUAAAGGGGCGGGAGGGAGUAAAAGGCACACAAAGGGGAUGAAGGGAAGUAAGAGUCACACAAAUGGGUUGCAGGGACCAUAAGACACACACAAGGAGGGUGUAAGACACACAAAGGGGAAAAUGGUUGCUAACAUACACUGAAGGAGGUGUAAGACACAAAUUGGGGAUAUAAUACACUAAAGGGGUUAAAGGGAAACUCCAGUGCCAGGAAAACAAUCCACCCCCAAUCCCCGGUUGCUGAAGGGGUGAAAACCCCUUCAGUAACUUACAUGAGGCAGCGACGAUGUCCCACGUCACUGCUUCUCCCUCUGCGCUGCUCCUCCUUCUGACUGCGUCGGCCGGUGGGCGACACUGAUCCCACCCACCAGCUGGGGAGACCUAAUGCAUGAGCAUUAGCGCUCCCCAUAGGAAAGCAUUGAAAAUGCAUUUCAAUGCUUUCCUAUGGGGAAAUGAGCGACGCUGGAGGUCCCCACACAGCGUGAGGACGUCCAGCGACGCUCUAGCACAGGUUUCCUGUGCUAGGAACCAGGAAGUGCCCUCUAGUGGCUGUCUAGUAGACAGCCACUAGAGGUGGAGUUAACCCUGCUAGGUAAUUAUUGCAGUUUAUAAAAAACUGCAAUAAUUACACUUGCAGGGUUAAGAGUAGUGGGAGUUGGCACCCAGACCACUCCAAUGGGCAGAAGUGGUCUGGGUGCCUGGAGUGUCCCUUUAAGACAUUGCAGAGAGGUGAUAUUAAACACAAAAGAAAUUUAAAGAUGGGGUUAAUUGUCACCAAAGCUUACAGUUUCAGAGCUACAUGGCUCUAAAAGAAGACUUUGGGGUUAAUAACUUUGGGGACCUCCUGACACCAUAACAACAUAAUUCUGAUUAAGUUGUUGAAAUGCCUGGAAGUCCCCUUUAAUUCUGCAUCUUGGGUUUUUACCCCAAUUUUAGAAUCUACAAGCAAAUUCUGACAGGGUUAUUACCUAAAGUGUGAAUUAUCAAGAAUCCAUAGUGAAUUUUACAUUUUAGGCCAAAAUAGCUCAAUAGCUUUGGCAGUUCUUCCAAUUUGACAAUAUUGGUCUAAAAUUUUAUUUCAAUUACAAAUUCUAACAAUUCACUCUUUAGGGAAUAUCUCUAUUAGAGUUUAUAUCUUAUGCUAUUCAGAGGUGAUGGUAAUAAAUCCUCCCAUUUACUAAGUUUAUAAUUAUAAUAUCUGUUUUGGAAUCCUUGCUUGAAUACCGGUGUCUUAAAUCCUUAAAGAAACACUCCAAGCACCAUAACUACUAUAACCCGCUAAAGUGUGUACGGCACCAGGGGUGCUCUGACACCCUUCCAGAGUAAUUAGUUAAACUUUUUGCACAUGGUUUGACAAGUUACCUGGGGUUUUCUAGGCUCCAGUCACCUCUACUCCAGUCACCGCUACUGAAAGCUCCCUGCAUUGAGCUAAAUCCAGCAGAGCAGGGAUUAGGCAAUUGGCUAAAAGAGAUUAACAGACACUCAGCCAAUGAGCUGGUUAAACUAUUGGAAGUUUCUAGCAGGAUUUUCCAUGUCCAGAAUAAGCUGUGAUGGAGCCUGCAGACCUUAGGUAAGUUGUCAAACUGUUUACAAAAGAUUUGAUCACUUUUCCUGGAGGGUGCCAGGGUACUUCUGUCACCAUAACCACUUCAGUGGAAUAUGGUUAGCCUACAUUUUGCCAUUUGCAUUUUAAUUCAGUAAACCUUUGGUGCUUAUUAAUUCCUUUUAUAAGUAUAAAAAUGAUUUUAAAAAAGCUUAAUCAAUGUGCAUGAUUUUAAUUAGUACCAUACAGGGUCACAUAAAAUCUCUUUUUCGAUCCAGUUUUAGAAACCACCAUAAACUAUUUGGCAGACCCUGCAUUUAUCAAUCUAUCAAUAGUCAACUGCUGUAGCAAUACGACAAAUGGGAUACAAGUACGAUCUGACCAGGCCGCGGGGAAGUCUGAAAAUGAUAGCCCAUUAAGUUCUUCUGACCAUAGCUUGGAGAUUGACUCUGGGGAACACAGUCCACAAACUGUGGGUAUCAGAAACAGGUGUGUUUGUGUUGACAGUAAAGUUUAGCCUGCUAAGUUUGUGUGUACGGAAGCUCAGAGAGGCCAUGUAUUUGUAUUUAUUUUUUCUGACUUAUCUCAAGAAAACAAGUUGUUCUCUUGAAAUAACAAGUUGUUUUCUCGAGAUAACAAAUCGGAAAAAAGUUAAAAUACAUGGCCUCUCUUGGCUUCUGUAUGCAUGUACCCAUUAAGUAUUUAUUUAUUAAAAUGCAUUAAAUAUCCUUUAACAGCAUACAAUGCAAAUGUUUGUUAGCUUCUUUUUGAUUAUUGUCAUUUCCAGGUUGUGGAUCUUUGUUAAAAUUAACUCUGUUGGGAUGUCCUCUAUAAGAGAAGGAUAACUGAACAGACCUGUGUUGUUUAAUCACUAUGUCGAUUGUGUAUCCAAUUAUUUUGAGAAACACUAUAUUUUGGAAAGGUGUACAUAUGUAAGGUUUGUUGUAAGUCAAGAUUUGCUCUUAUUUAAUGAGUUUUUUUUUUUGACAUUCUUUAUUUAAGUUUUUCAAUAUUCAAUCACAGCAUGUAUAUCCAAUAUAAAUUAACAUGUGGUAACAGAUAAACUGGUCAGUUAUGUGUAUUACAGCAUCAAGAUAGUUUCAACUACUGGAUAAUAAAUUGUGUUUGAGUAUUUGGCUUCAGUAUAACAGUGAGCGUUCUUUUGUGUUGUGUUCUGUCGUUAGCCCUGUAUGGGGUUAAUCCCCUCUGUGGUUGGGUGCGAAUGGAGUUUGUGGUUGCUCCUCAAGAUUCGUGCGAGUUUUCGGGUGGGUUGUUUCAACCGCUCUGUGUAGUGCUCGUGGGUCAGAGGGGGAGUUGUGCAACCCUGCAUUGGUAUCUGAGCUUCCUCAUUUGUAGGUAAGACCCUAAUAGAGAGGUUGGCUCAGUGCAAGGUUUCCCCUCACUUACUUAUUGGGUCUAAUGUGACCUAUGGUACUUAAGAGUUGUGGUAGUCUCCGUCUAUGUGUGGUGUAGUUCAUCUUUGUCCCCAGCCUCGUACAUGGUGAUUUGUUCGAGUUUCUAGUGCCAGGUUGAUGGAUAUAGAGCUUUGUCCCAAUCCGUGUUAUGUCUGUCUACGUGUGUCCUUCUUUGGGGGGGUACCGUCUGGGGCUUUGUAUGGGGGUUCCAGUCUGGUUCGUGUUUGAUUUGUGUGUUGGUUUAGGUCGUAAUGAGCCUGGUGUGGAUGGGCUCAGUCUUAAAUCAUGAGGGGGCCAAUUAUUUUGCCCCUAUGACCGUGUAGUUACCCCCUAGUCUCCCUGAGUCGAUCUGUUUUAGGUUUUCCCUGGGGGUAGUUGACCUGGGUUGUCCGUGGGCGCAGCUAAUAUAUGUAGGGUUGUCCUGUGAUGUCUUGUUCUGUCGUUGUGCGGUGUGUGGGGUCUGUGUCAGAUGCCGUGUCGUCACCUCAGGUCCCUGGUUUGAGUCGUUCGUGUGGUGGGUGUGAUCAUAUCAUCCCUGGGGCAUGUAGCACGGUCCCCGUGACUCUUCUGGAUACCUAAGUCUAGGUUGUUAUCUCUUAUCUUGGGUCUCGCUGGGUUCGGUGUGUGUGGGGUUAUGUAAGCCACCUGCGGCAGCCCCAGUUGUUAGUUGGCGUGGUCAGAGCCGGGUGCUACUGGCUCCGGUCGUGGCUUCUUGUGUCUGGGGUGGGGGUGAGUCCAUGUUCCUUGCGUCCCGGUCUCUCUCUUCCCUCCGUCCCCUAGUGUAUUGGUCCAUAUGUCGCUCUAGCGGGUCACACCUCCCCUCCCGUGGCCCAUGGUCCUCCGUCUCAGUCUCUGCUUACUCAUAGAUUCCACUUUAUGCGGAGCCUUAAGUCGGUCCGCAUGCCCCCGGGGGUUGUGUCCCUCCGGGUCUUUUGUGUGUCUAUGUGUCAUGUGGUAGGAGGGGUGGGGGGGGGGUGUCGCGUAGGAAAUGUGUCUCCGUCAUGCUGAGGGUGCAAUCUACUCGUCUGGCACUGCCUGUGUCUGUGCAGAGCUCUGUUGGGUGGGUUGUGUUGGUGCGGGGGCGCCGUCCCUCUCCACCGGGUCUCCUCCUCCCGUCCGUUUUGAUGUGUAGUCCAUCCAUGGGUACCACGCCAAAGCGCAUUUUUCCUGGCGUCCCUGCAGGGAGGCUGUCAUCAUCUCCAUGUUAUAUAUCAUCUCCACCCUAUCUACCCAUUGUUGCAGGGUUGGAAUCGUCGAGCUUUUCCAAUGGAGUGGGAUGAGCGACUUCGCUGCCGUGAGUAGGUGUAUGAGUCCUUUCUUGUAGAUCUUCACCGGCGUGCGCGUGUGGUUGAGAAGCAGUGGCAUGGGUUGGAAUGGGACGUCUGAGCCCGUGAUGUCUUUGGUCGUCUGAUGUAUCAUCCUCCAGAAUGGUUCGAUACGUGGGCAUGUCCACCAGAUGUGAAUGCUGGUUCCUAUUCCUGUGCCGCAUCUCCAGCAUUCGUUUGAAAUUGACUCAUGCACGUGCUGCAGGAUAUCUGGCGUCCGGUACCAUCCUGUUAGAAUUUUGUAGUUGCAUUCUUGGAACUUGGAGCUGAUGGUCCCUCUGUGUGUUAGUUGAAAGAUUUUAAGCCAUUCCUUUUCCGUAAGUUCCAUCCCGGUCUCUCUUUCCCAUCGCGAUGUGAAGCCUAGGGGGCUCUUAUCACCGUCGCUUAGCAGCGCGGUAUAGAGGUGUGAGACUCCAUGUGAGAGGUGUUGUCUGGCCGUGCAUAGAUGUUCCAUCAUCAGCAAUGGGCGGUGUAGGUGGCCUUUACCCGUAAUGUCGUCGAGGUAUGUUUUCACUUGGUGAUAUCGGAAUGUGUCUAGGCCACUGGGCCUACGGUCCUGCAUCAGCGUUGCCAGGGGUUUGAGCGUCGUCCCGGAGUUCCAUUGGCUAGCGUAUACCCAGUCCGUUGCUCCGAGGUUUUUCAGGUCUGCCGUGCUUAGCCCUCCCGCUAACCUCGGAUUGUGUGUUAUUGGUGUGAGUGGGUUGGGCGAUGACGUGAGGUUUUUGGAGUAACGUAUCCUACACCACACCCUCAGCGUGGCGUCGAUCAUUGGGUUCCCGGUAAGUAGUUCCUUGGGUAGUGCGUCUCCCAGCCAUAGCAUAGCGGGGAUUCGUCCCUGGGCUUGGUGUUUCUCCAGGUCUACCCAUUGCUUAGUACUGGGGCUUGCAUGCCAAUCAACCAGUCUGUGCAGAUGGGUAGCGUGGUAAUACGUGAGGAUGGAGGGCAAUCCCAUACCUCCUUCUCCUCUAGGGCGUUCAAGAAUCGCUCUUCGGAUACGCGCUGGUUUUUGGUUCCAGAUGAAGUUCCUGACUGCGGUCGUCAGGGUCUGAAAAAAUGCCCUCGGGAGGUACGUUGGUAGAGUUUGGAACAGGUAUAAUAAUCUGGGCAUAAUGUUCAUCUUCACGGCACUGAUGCGCCCAAACCAUGAGAUGUACAGAGGUGUCCAGCGUUUCAUGUCUUGCUGUAGAGUGGUGAGCAGGGGCGCAAAGUUCAGUCGGUAGAUAAGUGUCAAGUCUCUCGGGAGCCACACCCCAAGGUAGUGUAGCUUGGCUGUGGAGAUCUUGAAGGGGAAUUGUGCUUGGAUGUGUCGUUGGAGGGUGUUGUCCUGUGCGAGCAGCAAUAUCUCUGACUUAUCUAGAUUAAGCGUCAAGCCGGAUACCUCCUUGUAUUGUCGAAACGCCUCCAGGAGAUGUGGGAGGGAGGUUCUGGGUUGCUCCAGGAAGAAGAGCAUGUCGUCAGCGUAAGCCGCUACCCGGUGUUCUCUUCCUCCUAUGCUGCACCCCGUGAUACCCCUGUCCUGUCUGACCGCCUCCAAGAAGGGCUCCAGGGUGAGGGCAAACAGGAGUGGGGACAGGGGGCAGCCCUGUCUCGUGCCGUUAUGUAUAUCAAACGAGUCAGUCAGUGCUCCGUUUAUUCUUAUGCGGGCUGUGGGCGAGGUGUAUAGAGCCGUUAUCCAUGUCCUCAGGUGUGGACCGUAUCCCAAAUGUCGUAGGGUUUCCGACAUAUAGACCCAGUCCACCCUGUCAAACGCUUUUUCAGCGUCAGUGGAUAGUAGGACCAUUUCCUUUUUGCCCGUUUUAGCGGUAUGGAUGGUGUUGAGGGCUCGAAUAGUGUUAUCUCUGGCUUCUCUUCCGGGGAUAAACCCCACUUGGUCCGGGUGCACCAGAUCCAGGAGCGUCCGGGCCAUCCUGAGUGCCAGUGCCUUAGCGAAGAGUUUGAUGUCCGCGUUUAUCAGAGAGAUGGGCCUGUAGCUGGCGCAGAUUGUUGGGUCUUUACCCUCUUUGGGUAUUAUUGCCACGGUUGCUCCCAGGGUGUCUCUGUGGAAUUGGCCUCCAUCUCUGAUUGAGUUGAUGCCUGUCAGAAGUUUGGGCAGCAGGGUGUCUUUGAAGGAGCGUAGGUACGAGACUGGUAGACCGUCUGGGCCCGGGGCCCUGUGCGCUUUAGUUGAUUUCAAUGCGCCAGAUAGUUCCUCAAUCGUCAAGGGCAUUUCGAGUUCCGCCUCCUGGUCCGGGGUAAGCUGACGGGUGAUGUGGUUCUGAAGGUAUGUGGUUAUCCGUUCUCGAUGGCUACCUAUGGCUCUGUCGUGGUGGAGUCGUGGUUGGUUAUAUAACGCCGCGUAGUAUUCCCGGAACGCUGACAGUAUGCCGUCCGGGAAGCAGGUUGUGUCUCCACUGCUCGUGCGUAUCUUGUGAACGUGUUGCGCUUUCCUUCUGUCUUGUAGCAUCCUAGCGAGCAACCUACCACUUUUGUUCGAGUGUUCAUAAUAAUACCUGGAGGCCUUCCUCGCGGUGUGUAAGAGUCCUUGUGAUAGUAUGGCUUUCAGCUCCCUUCGUGCUUCCGUCAGGCGGAGGUAUGUGCUGUCUGCGAGGUCCGUCUUGUGUUCCCCUUCUAGGUCAGCUACCCGGUCUAGUAGUGUUGUGAUACGUCGUGUUCGUUCCUUCUUGCGUUUGGUGCCUAUGGCGAUGAAAUGUCCCCGUAUGACGCAUUUGUGAGCUUCCCAUAUCGUUAACGGUGGCGUCUCCGUAUCUUCGUUGGAAGUAAAGUAUUCAGUUAAGGUUUGGGCAGUCACCCUCUUACACUCUGCAUCGUCCAGUAGGGAUUCGUUCAGUUUCCAGUGUCUUUCGCGGGGUUUAUAUAGUGGGGAGCUUGUGCGGAUCGUCAGUGGUGCAUGAUCUGUGUGGUCCAUUAUGCCUAUUCGUGCGUCGUGGAGGAGGUUGAGGUAUUCCUGGGCCAGGAAUAUAUAGUCUAUGCGACUGUAAUUUUUAUGGACUGUCGAAUAAUGGGUGUAGUCUCUACCUUCAGGGUUACAUGCCCUCCAACAAUCCACCAGGCCGUGUUUAUGUAUAGAUCGUAGUGCUGCCCGUAUGCAGUGCGCCGGGAUCGCGGUUUGUCCUCUGGAGGUGUCCGUGCGGGGGUCCAGUGGUAAGUUGAGGUCACCUGCCAUGACCAAGAGGCCGUCUCUGAAUUUCUCCAAUUUGGCUAGCGUCCGAGCCAGGAAUGUAUGCUGUUUUCUAUUCGGUCCGUAGAGGCAUGCGAAGGUAUACAUGUGUUCCAUGAUUGUACCCUUAAUGAAAAGGAAUCUGCCGUUCGGGUCCGCCUGCGUUGCUAUAUGUUGGAACGGCGUCGUUUGUGCAAAGAGUAUUGCCACACCAGCCCUCUUAGCAUCCGGGUGAUUCGCGUAGAAUCCCUGCGGGUAGCAUCUGUUCUCUAGUUUGGGGGCGUCCAGUCCUCGGAAAUGAGUCUCCUGCAGGAACGCCACGGAGGCUCUCACGGCCCAUAGGCGCCUUACCAGGUGCGUGCGCUUUUCAGGUGUGUUAAGCCCCUGAACAUUAUUGGACCAGUAUGUCAGUUGGGCCGGGACAAAUCCUCGCGAGGCGUCCAUCCCGGCGGCAGGGCGGCGUCCCCGCAGCGUUGUCUGUAUGAUGUAAAGAUGAGGUGGUGAGUGUGGGGGGGGGUCUGUCUGUCUGUGGUGGUGAUGUGAACGGUCUGGCGUGUCUUCUAGGUGUGCGGGUGUGACUCUGACCCUGUACCGGGUGUAUUCGUUCUCGAGCCUGGUGGGUAACCUCAGCGACGAGAACACCGGUGUAAUGUACAGUGUGGGUCUGUCUCAGUGGGGGUUCCGUAUGGUCACUUACAGUGAAGUCGGUCUCGGAUCUGAGUGAGGUUGGUUCUCUCCCCUCUCCAUCGGCACCCAACCUGUAAGGGUGUGUGCAAUCGCCAUGUUUGCCUACUCUAGCCUAGGGGUCCGCAGUAGUCGCCCGGGACUUAGAGUGUCGGUCGGGCUGUGGCGUCCUGUACCGCAGUCCCGAGGUCUGGGAGCGGAUAAGCCUACCGGUCCUGUCGGCAUUAUGGUCAGUGGUACCCGUGGGUCCCCCCGUCACGGUCGGCUCUCCUGGCGUCCCGGUCCUAGUGGCCGGGUGCUGUCAGGGGAUUCGACUGGUUUUGUCUGCCGGGCACCCCGGGGCCCUCCGUGUCUGACCUCCCCCGCCGGGCAACUUACAGUUCGUUGGCUACAAGUCGGCGUGUCUAGGGUGUUAGGGCGCUGUUUGGGGGUAGUCAGUCCUACAUGUGUUGGGCUGCAUUGAAAGGCCACCCUAUGGGCGUGGCUCGCCAGCUCCCUCGUUUGCGUCCCUUCAGAGGGGCUGGUUUGGGACGUGGUCUCUCCCUGCGCCCAGAAUUUCCGUCAUGGUAGCUAUCUGCGUGCCUGGGCUUUCGUAGUGGGGCGUACCAACAUGGCGUCUUGCUUGUCUCAGUGAGGCAGAUUGUGUGUGGUUGUCCCCUCAUGUGAGUGGCUGUGAUGUGUGUUGGGUGAUAUAAACGGAACCGUGAACAAUUAAACAACAUGAACAAGAAGUGCCCAGCCUUGUCCCAGCCCCCCUCCCAGCUCUAGCCCUGUGUGCCUGCAUAUCCCGUUGCCCUCGCCCUCCCGCAUCCAUCCCUCAGCUCUGUUCCGUGAGCAGCGGUGUGCUAGAGCAGCCUGUUCAGUUCAGCAGUCUUGACCCAGGGUGUGACCCGGGUGAUGGUGUCAGUGUCCAGACCCUUUGUACCCUGCCCAUCAUCCCCUCCCCACCUACGGGAUAUGUCCCCCUUUUUGCCCCGGGUGUGUGGGUUCGCUGAUGAGGCCCUAGCUCCCGGCCGCUCCCCAAAAGUGGCUUCAGUUCCCACCCCACCUGUCUGCGGCCUUCCUCCCUGUUUACUAGCUAAUGUAAGCUGGCAGCGGACUUAAAAGUACAUACCCCUGCCGUGGUGUCAUCGGAUCUGCAUGGCGUCCAUAAUCAAAGCUGGGGUAAGCUCAGGAGGCAAUGCCCUGACCUGGCAUGGGAUGACCCAGGGGGGGCCACUGGUCCGUGCGGCGUGGGGGCCUCUAUUCCUCGGGGCCUAUUGGGCCGCCUCUGCGUCUUGGUGGUCCAGGCUCCGGGUGGAUGUUGUGUGCCACUUCAGAUGGGCCUGUGGCUCGCGCCGGGGGUUCCUCCAGGAUCCAGUUUGGCACUGAGAUAGGAGGUAAGUUGGCGGUUCUUAAGAACCGUGGCACGUCGUUCGGCCAGCGGAUGAUGUGCCAUACGUUUCCCAUCCGGGCCUGCAAGCUAAAUGGAAAUCCCCAUUUGUAUGGAAUUCGUCGCUCCUGAAGUGCUCGGGUGAGAGGCCGCAGGGCCCUGCGGGCAUCUAAGGUGAUGGUAGAUAAGUCCUGGUAAAGGGAUAUUUGUGCUUCCAUGUAAGUGAUGUGCUGCUGUGCGCGUGCUGCCCGCAUUAUAGAUUCUUUUAGCGGGAAUGACAGGAGGGCGCAAAUCAUGUCUCUUGGCUGCCCGUCUCUUCUGGGGGCGCGGAGUGCCCUGUGGGCCCUUUCGAUGCCGAAGUCGCCAGGAGCUGCAUCUCCUAGUAGUUGCGCAAAUAGGCCAUUCAGGAUCUCCUGCGGUACCUCGUCCUCGGAUUCAGGCAGGCCUCUGACCCUGAUGUUAUUACGUCGGCCACGGUUAUCGAGAUCCUCAACCUGCCGGCGGAGGUCCAGGAGGAUGUUGCCCUGCCUCGUGGUUGCCAGUUCCGCUGCCUGUCUGUGCUGCUGGGAUUGUAUGCGCUCCUCUUCCAACCUGUCUACUCGCUGCUCCAGCGCCGUGAGGUCGGUGCGCACAGCCGCUAUUUCCUCCCUUAUUAUGGCCCUCAACUCAGCCACCAUUUCACCUUUAUCCUUCCGGGUCAUCAUGCUCGCGGAGAUCGCGGCGAGGUCCGCGGAUAUUUGGGACAGGGUGCCAGGAGUGCUGGAUUCCCGCGCCGAGCCCGGGGAAUCGAGGGCCGGUGUUCCGGUCUCGCCAGUGUCGCGGAGGCCAUGCGGCGUGGCCAGGAACUCGUCCAUCGGGCCGGCUGGCGGUCGGGAAGGGGCCGGAGUGACCUGGGCUGCGGUAGGUAGCCGUCGAUUUUUCCCCCCCAUGGAGGUGCGCUUUCUGCGGCGUUGCUGUGCUGGUUAAUCGGGGCAAAUCAGGUUGGGGCCUAGGAGCUCGGAAUGAGUGCGUCCUACUCCAUUGACUGUUAGGCCACGCCCCCUUUUAAUGAGUUUUUGUGUGUAGUGUUCAGUUUUUGUGUGCGUGUGUAUGUGAGAGUGUGUGUCUGACAAUCAGUGGUCGGUCCAGGUUUGAGAAAAUCUACAUUGCUAAUGCAGAAUAUGUUAAUUCAGCAUUUCAAUCUGACCAAAAUGCGAGCAGUCCCUUGACACCGCACAGUUUGAUAUUAAAGGGACACUAUAGGCAUCAAAACAACUUUAGCUUAAUCAAGCAGUUUUGGUAGAUCAUGAUAAUAAAUCACAUUUUUUUUAUGCAGCCCUGGUCACAUCUAGUGCAAGUAAUGUGCACUUAUUUUAAAGUGAGAUCAAAUGUUUACACUGUUGUUUAAUUUAGAAUUUCUUAUCUCCUACACUGUAAAGAGCUUGUUAGACCUUUCCAGAGCCUGUUGUAUGUGAUUAAAGUUCAAUCUACAAGCAGGAGAUAAAAACUUCUAAAGCGAGUUAACAUUUGAUUGAAAAUGAAACCUUCUUUUCAUGCAGGGGAAGUGUGGCUAGGGCUGCAUGGACAGAAACAAAAGGAUUUAACUCCUAAAUGGCAUAGAAUUGAGCAGUGAGACUUCAGAGACAUGAUCUCUACACAAAAACUGCGUCAUUAAGCUAAAGUUUUUUUGGUGACAUGUUUGUGAACAAUUCAUACGUGACUGUUGUUGAUUUCUAAUUGUAUAUUUUAUGCAAUUCCCUUACAGAAAAAAAAAGAUUGAAAAAGGUAAAGUACAUAACCUCAACAUUACAACUAAUAGUACAUUGGUUUUUACAUUAGUACACUUGGUUUCACUUUAGCCAACAACCAAUCUCAUCUGUGAUGUAGUUACACAAUACAUGGCAUUACUAGAGUUCAGUGACGCAAAACACAACAUUUACUGGAAAAGGAAACAAGGGAGAGGAACAAAACCUGUUUUAAAGUGCACUGACUCGCUAAAUGACCAUUAGAACAGUGCAUUGCAAGCCGUCCCAAUAGAUAUGUUGAUAAAACAUGACUGAUCUGAGAGCAAGAAUUUCUACCUUCUGUGUUAAUAGGUUAAAGGUGCACAUCACACUUAUAGAGUUAUACACCAAAUGGGAGGUCUUUGUAUUUUCAAUGGCCUUCAGACAUACUGGGAAUCCAACAGGUGCAGCUGCAACUGUCUCACACAUUAAAUGAUAUCUGCUGAUUCAACGUGGAAAAAUAAAUAAUAUAAUAUAGAUAGGUCUUAGCACAGGUUGUUAGGAAAUAACUUUGCUGAUGUUUAGUUAAUUUAAAGAUACGCUCUAAGCACCAAAACAACUUUUUCUUAAUGAAGCAGUUUUGAUAUAUAGAUCACGCCCAUGCAGUUUUACUGCUCCGUUUUAUGACAUUUAGGAGUUAAAACACUUUUGUUUCUGUUUAUGCAGCCCUAGUCACAUCUCCCCUGGCUGUGACUCAGACAGCAUGCAUGAAAACAACAUGGUUUCAUUUUCAAUCAGAUCUCAACACAGCUGUGUUUACUUUAGAUAUUCUCGUCUUUUGAUCUGUGUUGUUUUUUUUAAUUUGGGUUUCUUUGCUGUAUAACGCAAGUGUCCUUCUUAUCUUUUAAUUCUAACCAAUCCUUAGUCUUGCUGUGAACUAAUAUUAAAUUCCAACUCAAGAACAUAGCGCGCAUCCACCCAUAUCUAACGCCGGACGCGGCUAAGGUACUGGUUCAUGCUGUUGUUCUCUCUCGCCUUGACUAUUGCAAUCCCCUUCUCACCGGUCUUACAUGUUCCCAGCUUGCACCGCUGCAAUCUAUAAUGAAUACGGCUGCGAGGCUUAUUUUCCUGUCUGGUCGCACCUCCCACGCCUCCAUGCUCUGUCAGUCCCUGCAUUGGCUUCCAGUUAGAUAUAGGGCCCAAUUCAAAAUUCUGGCGCUUGCUUACAAAUCCCUACAUAAUGCUGCUCCAACAUACCUAUCUUCCCUCAUACACAAGUAUGUCCCGUCGAGACCCCUGCGCUCAGCCCAAGACCUACGCCUAUCCUCUGCCCGGAUCCCCACCUCUGAUGCUUGCCUUCAAGACUUCUCCAGGGCUGCACCUAUUCUGUGGAACUCCCUUCCCCCCUCAAUCAGACUUUCACCCAGCCUCCAUUCCUUCAAAAAAUCUUUGAAAACUCACUUCUUCAUUAAAGCGUAUCAAUUAAACUGUCAGCAGGUUUCUCAUCCCCCACCCCAUGACUCCGUUCCUGCACCUGUCAAAAAUGACCUACCAAGCACUCAAUAAACCCUUCUGUAACAAACUAUUUAAUUCCCCUACUUUAACCCUUUGUGUCAAUAUACCCCACUCCCUCUAGCAUGUAAGCUCAUCGAGCAGGGUCCUCAACCCCCUCUGUUCCUGUACGUCAGUGGUCUGAUCUCAAUUAUAUGUCUGUUAGUCCACCCAUUGUACAGCGCUAUGGAAUUUGUUGGCGCCAUAUAAAUAAUAAAAUAAUAAUAAUAAUUAAAUGUAACUCUGCAGGUGUGGAAUUUAGAUCUCUAAGCUUAAGGAGCGGCGAUUCGACUGAUGAUUCUGAAAAUUCCAGUGAAUCUGUGAGUUAUUAAUGGAAGCCAUAUUUAUCUAUAUAUUCCACAUAUAUAUUAUAUGUAAUACUAAAUGCAAAUAUAUAUAUAUAUAUAUAUAUAUAUAUAUAUAUAAUGUAAUACGAAAUGUAUUUUUAUAUUAAGAUAUAAAUCUCCAAAGAACUGCACUCCAGAGGGUUUCGUAAUAAGUUUUAGAAAUGGUCUUGAUAAAAGUCCUGGUGUGAGGACUGAAACAUUGACAUAUGUAACAAAAUAACAAAUUCUGAAACUUUUUAUGAAGCCCUCUGGAGUGCACUUCUUUGGAGAUUUAAAUUUUGUUUGGAAUUUACACAGAGGGAAGACGGGAGAGUGAGUGCCGGGCCCAUGGUGAAUAUAUUAAUAUAUCUACAUAUAUUGAUAUAAAAAUACACUUAGAAUGAAAGUGUGUGUGAAUAAAUAUAUAGUGCAGAGAGCCCUAGCUGGAUUUUUUUUCUCACAAGUAAGUCGGUUAAUCUCAUAAAAGCAGACAUUAGGUUGUUAGAGAAGGCCCUGCCAAAAAUGGGGUACAUUGACAUUGUGGCAGGCUUAUGCAAUGUAUGAUCAUAUACUGUAACUAAACCCCCAUUAUUUUUUCCUAGAUUAGGUGUUUUUUUUAUUUUAUUUAAAAACUAAUAAAAUCUGUAAGCUUUGAAGUGGCUGUUUAGUGGAUGAGUGAGUGCGCUGGAUCUUGUGAAAUAUAUGUAUAAAUAUAAAAAAUAUAUAUAAUAAAAUAUAUUUUUAUUUUAUUCUAACUAAUUUCAUUCUAACUGUAUUUUGAUAUUAAUAUAUUCGUAUAAAAAUAAUACCAUGGGUUGUCUACUUUUUCAAAUGGUAUGCCAUGAUGGGGUAAUUUUCAUUCCUAGGUGCCAUAUGGUCUCAAAGACAACAUAGCCAAUCUGGCAAAUAUCAAUUUGCAAAAACAUAAAAGGAGGAAGCCAUAUAUGUGACCCUGUAACUUUCCAAAACACUGUAAAACCUGUACAUAGGGGGUACUGUUUUACACGUGAGACAUCGCUGAAUACAAAUAUGUGUAUUUUAUUGCAGUAAAAGCAAACAGUAUUAUGACAUUCACAGUUAAAAUGCUGUGCAAAACUAAGAAAAUUAAAUUUCUUAAUUUCUCACACUUUUUUAGAUUUUAUUAAUAUUAAAUUAUGUUUAAUAUGUAAAUAUUUGAUGUGAAAUGAAAGCCCUGUUUCUCCAGAACAAAAUGAUAUAUAACAAGUGUGGAUGCAUUUAAAAUAAAAGGUAAAUUACGGUUGAACAGACAUAAAGGGCAAUGGUUUUGUUUACAUUUUGUUUUGCUCAGAACUUGUACAAUUGCCUCCGUCCUUAAGUGGUUAAUGAAUAACACUGUGUAUGUAUAUAUAUAUAUUAAUAUCAUGAGUUGAUGUUUUUUCUUUUUCUUUUUAAGGCAAGCUCAAGUGAUUCUGAACAUUCAUUAUGUAGUCUAUCCUGUCUGAAGUGGAAAGAUGAAAAAUGGCAUGCCAUCAUCUUUGAGGUACUGGCAAAUACAUAAUUUUUUCUUUUAAUAGUCGAUCUUAUGAUGAUAAUUUAAAUUAAUGCAGGGUGCAGAUAAGAUUUAACAUGCCGUAGUGCUACCCCCUUGUUUAACCCCUUAAGGACACAUGACAUGUGUGACAUGUCAUGAUUCCCUUUUAUUCCAGAAGUUUGGUCCUUAAGGGGUUAAAGGGACACUAUAGGCCACUUAGAGCUCAUGCAGAAGAUUUACUUCCGCUGGUAUAUGGUGCCAACAUGCUUGGCGAAAAUAUAUCAGGGCACAUCAGAUUUAUGUUGGAGAUGUGAGAGAGAACCCGGCACGAUGCACCACAUAUGGUGGACAUGCACCCAUCUCAGAUCCUUUUGGAUAAUGGUCUUAAAUACAAUCUCAGAGAUACUACAGACAAGCAUCACACUGAAGCCAGAAUUGGCUCUAUUAUUUUUUGGCCUGGAUGGUUUACCCAAAGGAGAAUCCAUCCUAAUAUAUAAUGCACUUAUAGCUGCCCUCACACUACUAGCCAGGGCGUGGAAAUCCACCAGUGUCCCCUCCAAACAAACUCUCUAUGAAAACUUAGCUAGAAAACAGCUUAAGUCUCAUCACAACGUGCAAAAUUGUAUAAGCAAAUUUGAAGCAUUUAUGCAAAUACAAUAACUGCGCGUGGCCUUAAACUAAUCUAGCAAUGCAACAACUGGAUGAGAUAAGGGAAGAUAAUAAUCAAAAUUAAUAUAAGGAAAAAAAACAACACACAACAAACCCCAGGGGACCACAUACUAUGGCAUAACAGAUAAUUAGCAUUCUCUAAAAGUCUAGCACACAGGAUGGCAACGCGCCUGAACACUGACAUGUAACAUGCAACCUCCCACACGCAACCAUAUCAGCAAUGUAGACCCAACAAUGGUCGAAUCACAAAGAUAGCAAACACACCAACUAAUAUUUCAGAGUCCCUACAACUGUCAUCCCAUAGUCACCCACCAGCCAUAACCUGUAAAAUGUUCUACUUGUACAUGGUCUCAGACCACACAGCAGAGAUAACACAAAACAACCCCACAAUAGCAGAAAUGCAGCGCCCUUGCCGCUAAAAUGCUCAGAAAGCCACAUCAGGCAUUUAGGCUCUCGUCCCACACAAGACAUAACAAACUGAGUCUGCAAAAAGACGACAAGGACAGAUAAUACGUGAUUUCAUGAACCACAUCAUAUAGAUAUGUAUCUCAUCAAGUAAUGUAUCAAAGAACUGUUUACUUUGUAUUAUAGGCCUAUUGGAUAAUGAGGAAAUACACAAGAUAUGUACUAUAUAUGUGACACAAGGAAACAGUGCUAACACCUAAAAGGGUGUACCUCACAUACACAUACAAAUAAAACCGCAAACAAAAUAUAACUUAUACGACUCCGUUGUGAAGUAUAAACUAAACAGUGGCAUAGUACAAAAGGAUAUAGAGGAUACAACCUGUGCAACAGGGUGUAAUCUUUGGAAGAUCUGGAAAUAUAAAAUCACAUAUAGUGAAGUAUAUAGAGCUAAAGUGACUAAAUCCAGGAGGUAGAAAACUUACAUAGUAACAUAGCUGAAAAGAGACUUGCGUCCAUCAAGUUCAGCCUUCCUCACAUUUGUUUUUUGCUGUUGAUCCAAAAGAAGGCAAAAAAACCCAGUUAGAAGCACAAUUUUGCAACAAGUUAGGAAAGAAAUUCCUUCUUAACCCCAGAAUGGCAGUCAGAUUUAUCCUUGGAUCAAGCAUUGAAAGAUUAUAUCCUUGAAUAUUCUGUUUUUGCAAGUAUGCAUCUAGUAGCUGUUUGAACAUCUGUAUGGACUCUGAUAAAGCCACUUGUUCAGGCAGAGAAUGCCACAUCCUUAUUGUUCUUACAGUAAAAAACCUUUCCUUUGCCUUAGACGAAAUCUUCUUUCUUCCAGUCUAAACGCAUGGCCUCGUGUCCUAUGUAAAGUCCGGUUUGUAAAUAGAUUUCCACACAAUGGUUUGUAUUGGCCCCAAAUAUAUUUGUAUAAUGUUAUCAUAUCCCCUCUCAGGCGACGUUUUUCUAAACUAAAUAGGUUUAAAUUUGUUAACCAUUCUUCAUAGCUGAUAUGUUCCAUUCCUUUUAUUAAUUUUGUAGCCCGCCUCUACACUUUUUCUACUGCCAUAAUAUCCUUCUUGGUGCCCAAAAUUGCACAGCAUAUUUAAUGUGUGGUCUUACCAGUGAUGUAUAAAGAGGCAAAAUGAUAUUCUCGUCCCGAGAAUGAAUGCCCCUUUUCAUGCAUGACAAUACCUUACUGGCCUUGGCCACUGCGGAUUGACAUUGCACAUUGUUGCAUAGUUUGUUGUCUAUAACAAUUCCCAAGUCCUUUUUGUGUGUUGUUAUCCCUAAUUCAUUUCCAUUAAAGACCACUAUAGUGCCCUGUGGGUGCCCCCACCCUGAGGGUCCCACUCCCAUGGCGCUGAAGGGGGAGGAAGGGGUAAAUCCCUUACCUUUUUUCCAGCGCCGGGCUGGGACUCUCCUCCCUCUUCUGACGUCCCUGGCUGAAUGCGCAUGCGCGGCAAGAGCCGCGCGCGCAUUCAGCCAGUCUCAUAGGAAAGCAUUCUCAUUUGCAUUUUUCAACAUUAAAUUUAAUCUGCCAUUUGAGUGUCCAGUCCCCAAGUCUAUCUAAAUCCCUCUGCAGCAAAGUAAUAUCUUGCUCACAUUGUAUUAUUUUACAGAGUUUUGUGUCAUCUGCAAACACUGAAACAUGACUUUCAAUGCUGUCUUCAAGAUCAUUUAUAAACAUGUUAAAUAGAAGGGGUACCAGAACAGACCGCUGAGGGACACCACUUGCCACCUCUGUCCAGCUUGAAAAUUUACCAUUAAUGACAACUCUUUGUACUCUGUUUUUAAGCCAAUAUUCUACCCAAGAACAAGCAUUUUCAUCUAGACCGGUUUCCUUGAGUUUGAACACUAAUCUAUUGUGUGGAACUGUAUCAAAUGCCUUGGCAAAAUCCAAAAAGAUCACAUCCACUGCAACACCCUGAUCUAUACUUCUACUUACUUCUUCGUAGAACGCAAUCAAGUUAGUUUGACAUGACCUGUGCUCCAUAAAACCGUGCUGAUUUUUGCUGAUAACCAUGUUCUUCUCAAGGAAUUCUUGAAUAUUAUCCCUUAAUAACCUUUCAAAUAUUUUCCCAGCCACAGAAGUUAAGCUCACAGGUCUAUAAUUUCCAGGCAAGGAUUUUGAACCCUUUUGAAUAUAGGAACCACAUCUGCCUUCCUCCAAUCCUCCGGAACACUUCCUGAAAGAAAAGAAUCUUGAAAGAUUAAAAACAGAGGUUCACUUAUUUCUACACUUAGUUCCUUAAGUACUUGUGGAUGUAUACCGUCAGGCCCUGGAGCUUUGUUUAUAUUAACUUUCUUUAGUUGCUGCAGCACCUUGUCUUGAGUUAACCAAUUACAAUUAUUCUGCAAGUUUUUAGUAGCAAUCAUUUGCACAUCUAUUGCCAUGGGUUCUUCCUUAAUAUAUACGGAGGAGAAAUAGUUAUUUAAAAUUCUUGCCUUUUCCUGGUCUUCAUUAACUAACACCCCCGUUUCAGUUUUUAGUGUACCUACACUUUCAUUUUUGGUUUUUUUAGAAUUUAUGUACUUAAAAAAUGCUUUGGGAUUGGAUUUGCUCUCUUUAGCUAUCAUUUUUUCAUUCUGAACUUACAAAGAACAAAAGAAUCAGUCAAGCCGUGGUGACUGGGGCAGAAGCGCUGAGGUUUUCCCCAGUUCCAGCUAGGAAGUGGUACUUUUUAACCUCCAAAUGUAGCUUGUAUCUCCCACUACAGUCCCUACCGCUAAAAUGCAGGCCAUAUCUCCCCACUACAAAUUGUAACACCACUACUAUAGCCUCUAACCCGCUAUUAUAGCCCUUAACACCCUUCUACAGCCCCUGACUCCCUGCUACAGCCCUUAAUCAAACAGCAGCUCAUAUCUACCCAUUACAGCCUUUACCCCACUACAGCUUCCAACACCCCUAGUACAGUCCCUUACCCCCACUACUUUCCCUAUCCCACACUAGAGUCUGUACCACAUGCAGGGAGGUAUGACUAAGGCUGUAUAAACAAAGUAAUUUAACUCAUAAAUGGCAAAGAAUUGAGCAGUGAAACUGCAGGGGUAUGAUGUGUACACCAAAACUGCUUCAUAAAGCUAAAGUAGUUUUGGUGCCCAUAGUGUCUAUUUAAGGAUGCCGGUGAUAUUAAAAAAGUCUAAUAAAGUUGUGUGGCAUUAAAAUGAAAAUCUUAUAUGUAGCUAUUACUGUAAGCAUUUAACUUGGUUAAUACUCUAGUGAGCUCUGCUGUUCCAUUUUCUGAGAGCAUUUUUUUAAUGCUCCUUCAGGCUCGGAAUAUUAGUAACUGCAAGAUGGAAACAGGAACUGAUUUAGAGAGAUAAAAAGGUUUACAUUGGAAAAUACCAUUGAUGUGUGAGCAAAAUCACAGAACACAAAUGCUUAUGUUGCUACAAUGAAACACACUCAUAAACUUAGUAAAGUUGUUGUACUUUAAAAAAAUUUUCUUCCCGUGGCUCUGCUUGCUGGGUGGAUAUAGAUUUGAAUGUAACUGCAAAAAGAGUAUGUAGAGCUAUAGAAAUAGACAAAUGCUCUAACUAUAAAAACAGUGGACCAAGAUGGUGGCGCCAGUGAGGGACAGGUUCAGGUAAAUAAAUCUCAUAAUUCCAUGCCCCCUAAGCCCCAAGCCAUCAGACACCUACAUGUGAUGUCACCAUCUGGGGUCUUUGAAAAUUUUGACGUUGCAGAGUUGCUUUAAGUGAUUUGAAUCGGGGGGGGGGGGAAGAAUAAAAUAACAUUAAAAGGACACUAUAGUCACCCAGACCACUUCAGGUCAAUGAAGUGGUCUGGGUGCCAGGUCCCUCUAGGGUUAACCAUGCCUGCUGUAAGCAUAGCAGUUUCAGAGAAACUGCUAUGUUUACAUUUGGGGUUAAGCCAAUCCAGAAGACAGCCACUAGAGGCGCAUCAGCGACGCUGGAGGCAUAUUAUGCCUCCAUCGUGCAGAGCGUCCAUAGGAAAGCAUUGAGAAAUGCUUUCCUAUGGACACUUUGAAUGCGCCACCAUGACAAUGUUUUCCAUCGAAAUGCCUGUACAUGCUGUUGUGGCGCUACAGGUCUCUAUGUUAUGUAAUCAUAUGCACAAGAAAAAUAAAGAAUUAAAAAAAAACAAUACAUGUUUUUGUUCCUGACACUAUAGUAUUCCAUAAAGGCAAUGUUUGAAACCAUAAGAAGAAGUUUAAAGCAAUGUCUAUCAUCGUCCUGAACUGGCAACACUCCUAAAAGACUGCACCCCUUUGAUAUGGCCAAUAAAAGACUGAAAUAAGGGCUUUGCUGGGGUUAAUAUUAGAGAGAAAAGCUUGAGGUAUUGUCAGCAUACUGGAAUUACAUCUACACGUACAUCAUUCUUGAAGCAUCAUGCUUAUUUUUCAGAAGUAGCCUAAAUGUCUCAGUUUUGGUAGAAUAACACAGUUAGUUACUUAUGCUACAUUGUCCUGUGUUCAGUAGCAGUGCUAGUGUCUCGAGUAUGGACUGAUUAGUAGAUGACAAUAUCAUCUAUACAUCUGGCAGACACCAGGAGGUUGGACCUAUCAGUAUUAUGCAUUGGCCAUGCUGACAGCUGGGAGGCAACAGAUGCCAAUAGUAGCCAUCGUAAAGUGUUAGUGGUUUUAAUCGUGACCCAGUAUUCAUUGAAUCAUUUUUUUUACUAUCUAACAAAAUACUACCUAUGCAUGCCUCCCAACUACGGCGUCCUGUGAAGUAGGACGCCAAGGGAAGAGGCCUGCGACGUGAGUUGCGUCGCAUUCUCUGCCCCAAAGGGGAAAUGUGCUCAGAAAGUGGGCGGGUCUGUCCAUAUACUUGACAGCUCAGCAUGCAAUUAUGCCUGCUCACCAACAACGGACCAUGCAGGGAGCACUGUUUCAGUACUUUCUGCUGGGUCCUUAUGCCCUGAGCAUAGCAUGAGUGAAUAAUACACUUGUGCUAUGCUUGUUGGAGACAGUUUUGCGAAAACUAGGGAAUAGCGCAGAACCCAAAAAUCUGGACUGUUGGAGGCCUUAUUAUUGCUAUGCUUGAAUAUUUUUUUUAUAAGAUUUUCAAAUUAUCUAAUAUUUUUGGAUAAACUUUUACAAUUACUUUUUCAAAAUAAUAAAAUAUCAAAAAGGGUUUUGGUCAUACGAUACUUCUAUCAAGUGCACAUUUGGUAUGACUCAUUCUUCUCAUUUCUGUAUUGUAUUUCCUAUGCCUCAAAUACAAAACAGAUUGACAAAAAAAAAAAGGGUUUGGAUCCAAAAUAUGGACUGUCCAUUAUAAAUAGGGACAGUUGGGAGGUAUGCAGUACUAAAUCAUUUGGAUUUGGAAAGCUUAUUAAAUCGAGGCUGUGACAAACUACCCUCUGCUACUGACUUUUGGAGAGGCCUGCUUGCCAGCCUCUUGCCCUGUGACUAUGGCCCCUGGAGUGUAUUGCCAUUUAAAAAGACUAUUUGGGCUUAUUGGCUUUUAAAAGACUGGUUCUGCCCCUUUGAUUCCAUGGGAGAAUGUGCCUCUUCCCCUCCCCCAUUAAUACCUAUCCCAUUGUUCUCCAGUAGGGCAUUGUCCCAGGGACAGUGCCAGACCAGUUGAAACUGUCUGCUUUGUCCCUCCUCAAUCUCUCAUCAGCCCUUGCUAAACUUUAACCCUAUGGCGAUUUUAUUCUGUUUGUGGGAUCUGAGCACAGUUCGGAUCUAUUGAGCGCUCAGAUCCAAGCUAUCUAGGGAUAGGUUAAAUGUGGGGGUUCUGUUCAGUAUAAUAGGAAUUAUGUAUUUUUAUGUAUUUUUACUGUUGUUGUAAAUGGAGAUAUUACCUGUUACUGGAGAUAAUUAAGUUACCACACCCACUUAAGCCAAUUAUCUCCAGGAUAGAGGAGAAGAUAGACCGUCUCCACAGCCUAAAUCUGUGGAACUGUUUUGGGCAGGAAAGCCAUGCUUGCAGUCGGUCAAAUAGGACUUCCACUUAACUUUUGAACCACUUGACCAAUUUGUAUGAUUUUGACAUAUGUUUGUAUACUGCUUAUGCUGGUUCAGAAUAUGUGACUUUUAUGUAAAUUGCAUGAAUGGUUUGGAAGUUAUGAAUAUUGUAUAAAACUGCAUAUUUUCUGCCUGUGAUAAUUAAGUUAACCCAUUGUGUUUAGUAAUUAUAUCACAGGCAGAGGGGAGGGUUUGUGUGCCUUGACUGGGAAUGUCUGACUGUACUGUUCUGUUUUGAUUGGCUAUUAUAACUGCAUGUCCUGUGUACCACCAGGUCCACGUGGGUGAUAACCUUGUGGGAAAAGUUGCAUAUAAGUACCAAUAAAACCUCAGACUGCUGAGUUCCUAUUUGAUCCUGAACAUAGAGCCUUUUCUCAUGUGUGGGGGAAAAGGCUGCAUCUACACCGGGGAUUGCUAUACACUGUAUACUCCCUUGGCUAUAAUCACUAAGCUGUUUUAAGAACUUGUUCCUGCUUCACUCCCUGAAGGAAGAGAGGUUCGGUCUGCAGUGCUUAUGGUGUCGAGUGGAGUGCUUGGAGCCCUCGGGAAGCACUAGGAGCAUCCAUCAAUGGAGGUACCCAGUCGGGGUGCCAGGUGAUCCGUUACAGAGGCCUUAAUCUGAUUGGUCAAAUUGAGGCUAAAAUAACCAAAUUUUACCCAUAGACAAGUUUGACAAUAUUCCCAUAUAUACAUUUUUGCAGUUCAGAGAAUAGAUAUGAUCGUUUCCUAUUAAUACACGAUACUGUGACUAAAAUGUUACUCAACGUGUCUCAAAUCUGAUUCUUCUUCUUCAUAUCAGACGAUAUUGAAAGGAUAUUGAUAAAUAUUCUAUUUAUGUAGGACUCGUGAUAUAACCAUGUUUAUAACAGUCAUUGUUUAUUUAUUUUUCUUAUUUAAAGCUGAGAAACAAUAAAUUCAGAAUUCUGGUUAUCAAAGAGGAUGGCGGACAGGAGGUCUGGCAUACUGAAAGAAGCAUUGAUGAUUUUUACACGCUGAUUGAGGUUUGUAGUGGCUAAUUUCACAGGAAUAUAUACAUAAUAUGAAUCAAGGAAUAUUAAACACCAGGAGUAGCCAUACAGGAGCCUUAAAGCUGGCAAAGUAUUAUGGGUGUUGUAGUAUUACAAAAGUGUCUUUGUGCAUACAUGUAUGCAGAAACUGUAUUUUCUAAUGGUUGAAAUUCCACACAUAUACAGUUUGAUGCUUUGGGGAAACAAUUAUAUUUAUGUUACAAGAAAUACUGUAUCAGAAGAAGGUAAUUCAGUUUUAGUAGUACAUAUGGAAUAUGAAUAAAAUACAUGUAUUUUGCACUCUCAAUUAAGAGACCUUCCCUCAAUUUUCAGUUCCUGCCCUUCCACCCACUCCUGUAUCCCCUUCCAAUUAUCAUUUUCACAUUCCCCAACCACUCUCUCUUAAUUCUCUGUUCUCCAGCCCCCACCCCUGGCCAUUUACAUUUAAUUUUCUUUAAUUUCAGUAUAUUUUUCUGUAUACUCCCAGUAUGGCGUGCAAAUAUUUUCAUAGUUCUUGCAGUCCCUGUAGGCUAGAACUUUUUAGGUUUAUUGAAUAUGCUCUGGCUGGGCAUACAAAAAGGAUGGUGUAUGGAGGUCUGUAAUUCACUCCCUGUAUGCUUAGUGUGAAAUCAAUAUGUACAUGUUAGCCACUUUCCAUGAACAGUUAGAAUUUCCUGAAAGUGGAUAAAAAUAGAAGGGAAACCAGGUAGGUGUACUUAGUUAAACUGUAAGUGCAACAUAAAAGGGACACUUUAUGCACCAGAACCCCUACAAAUUAAUGUAGUGGUCCCAGGGCAAAGAGACUGCACUUGUGGGCUCAGCAGUGUAAAUGCUCCCUUUUUUGAGAAAAAAAAAAAAGUUUUUACCUUGCUACCUCACACCACCUCAUGUGGCUGUCACUUGGACAGCCAUUGUGGGACUUCCUGGGUUUGAUCAUGCAAAGAUUGCAGGACUGACGUUCAGCAUCUUCACACUCUGCAUGGAGAAGUUGAAUGAACACUCCCCAAAGAGAUGCAUUGACUCAAUACAUAUCUAUAAAGUGAUGCUAAUUGUGCUAAUUGGGCACAGUACAGCAAUUUCUGCGCAUGUGCUUUAGCCCCACAAUGCUUACCUAUGGGGAAGCAUUGGAUUAGUUGAGAUUACCAGUAUUAAUUUGGGGGGGGAGGGGGGAUUUAAAAUUUUAUCAUAUACAUUAUAUGACAAUAUAUAUCCCAAAACAAAGCAUCAGGGGAUAUGUAGUUCAAAACUGGAGUCCUGAACAUUGUAUUGUCUACCCCUGCACCAUAGCUUUAGGAAUACUUAAAAAUAAUAAUAAUAAUGAUAUAUAUAUAUAUAUUAUAUAUUUUUUGCAACUGUCUCUCAUUCAAUACUCAUAGGGGGUUAUGUAUAAAAAAAAAGUAUCUAUUCUGAAAAGUGGUGGAAAUGUAAAAAAGGAGCAGUGUCACCAAUGGAAUAUGCCUGCCUGGCUUCCAUGGUAAAUGCCCCACUUUUAGUACUUGUCAUGGAGAUCCAGUACUCCGACCGAGUACCUCCGCCAAGUCUGCUUCCUUGUAGCUAUCAGGGACCCUGGAGCACUUCAGAUCGAGUCGCAGAGGCUUGACUGGGAUCACUGUGGGCCUUUUCCACCCUGGACCAGGCUACUAUGAUUAUAGACACACUUUUCAUCAGCAGAUUAUAUCCCUUUCCCCAAACACCAGACAACACUUGGUGAAGGUUAAACAGCAACUCACUUUAAUAGACAUAGCACACAUAUUUUAACCCCUUAAGGACAGAGCCAAAUGUACAUGUUGUUAACAAAACAAAAUGUAAACAAAACCUGGCAUUUGCGCUACAUGUCUGUCCAACCGUAAUACACCUCUUUCGUAGUAAAUGCACCCACCCUUAUUAUAUAUCAUUUUAUUCAGGGGAAACAGGGCUUUCAUUUAAUAUCAAAUAUUUAGCUAUGAAACAUAAUUUAAUAUGAAAAAAAUGGGAGAAAAUACGAUUUUUUUUUAUUUUUUUAGUUCUACAUGACAUUUUAACGGUCAGUGUCAUAAUACUGUUUGCUUUUACUGCAAUAAAAUACACAUAUUUGUAUUCAGUAAAGUCUCACGUGUAAGACAGUACCCCCUAUGUACAGGUUUUAUGGCAUUUUGGGAAGUUACAGGGUCAAAUAUAGCACGUUACAUUUGAAAUUGAAAUUCGCCAGAUUGGUUACAUUGCCUUUGAGACUGUAUAGUAGCCCGGGAAUGAAAUUUACACCCAUAAUGGCAUACCAUUUGCAAUAGUAGACAACCCAAGGUAUUGCAAAUGGGUAUGUCCAGUCUUUUUAGUAGCCAUUUGGUCACAAACACUGGCCAAAGUUAGCGUUAGUAUCUGUUUGUGUGAAAAAUGCAAAAAAACGCCAAUUUUGGCCAGUGUUUGUGACUAUGUGGCUACUAAAAAAGACUGGACAUACCCUGUUUGCAAUACCUUGGGUUGUCUACUAUUGCAAAUGGUAUGCCAUCAUAGGGGUCAUUUUCAUUCUUGGGCUACCAUAGGGUCUCAAAGGCAAUGUAACCAAUCUGGCGAAUUUUAAUGUGAAAUAAAUGAAACGCAAGCCUUAUAUUUGACGCUGUAAGUUUUGAAAACACCAUAAAACCUGUACAUGAGGUGUACUGUUGUACUCGGGAGACUUCGCUGAACACAAAUAUUUGUGUUUCAAAACAGUACAAAGUAUCACAGCAAUAAUAUUGUCCGUGUAAUGCUGUUUGUGCGUGAAAAAUGAAAAAACUUCACUUUUACUGGCGAUAUCAUCGUUGUAAUACAUUUUACUGUUUUGAAACACUAAUAUUUGUGUUCAGCGAAGUCUCCCGAGUAGAACAGUACCCCCCAUGUAUAGGUUUUAUGGUGUCUCGAAAGUUAUAGGGUUAAAUAUAGUGCUAGCAAAUUAAAUUCCCUUUACUUUCGGCAUGGGUUGUCAGGCAGGUCCUGCUAAUUGUAAUUAAUUAAGAUACCUAAUUAUGUAAAAAUAAUACAUAAAUAUAUAUGUAGAAUUAAUAUAUGUAUAUAUAUACGUAUGUGUAUAUACAUGUAUAUAUAUCUAUAUAAUUUUUAAAAAAUAUUUUUAUUUAUAUAUAGGUAUAUAUAUAGUGAUAUAUGUAUAUAUUUAUGUAUAUAGAUAUAUAUAUUAUUUUGUUCUACGUGUAUUUUGAUAUAUAUAUAUAUAUAUAUAUAUAUAUAUAUCACAAUACAGUUAGAACGAAAUAACACACAUCUAUAUAUUUUUAAUUAUUUAUUUUUAAUUAUUUUUUUAAUUUUAUUUUUUAACGUAUUUACAUUUUAAUUUUUUUUAUAAUAUAUAUAAAUAUAUAUAUAACAAUAAUUAUAUAUAUAUUUAAUCACUAUCAGUCUACGUGUAAUUUGAUAUUAAUAUAUAUAUAUAAUUAUAUAUAUAUUAAUAGUAAAAUACACCUAGACGGUGUACAUGUGUGUAUGUAUAUGUGUAUAUAUAUAUACUUAGAUCAUAUAUAUAAUAUAUAUAUAUAUGAUCUAAGUAUAUAUAAUUUAUUUUUUUUACACCAUUUAUUUGUUUUAAUUUUAUUUUCAGCCAGCAGGGGGACCACCUGUCAUUACAGGCAGCCCCCCUGCUGGCAAUGCAGAAGCCAGCUAUCCCCGGCCAUGUGAUUGUGGGGUCCUCGCUAGGACCCCACUCUCACACGGCCGGGGGGCUUCCUGGAGGACAGACGUGCCGCGGGGGCUCCCUGGGAGUCCCCCCCACCGCGAUCGCCGGCGUGGGACUGCCGGCGACCGGGUAAGUACCGAAAGACCGGAGGGCGUACUAUUACGCCCGGCGGCGUUUAGAGCCGCCUAUAAUAGGGCGUAAUAGUACGCCCUCCGGUCUGAAGGGGUUAAGCCCCCAACAGCCUCAUUUACAUACAAUAGGUUGAUAAGAGCACUAUAGUACAAGGAAGGGUAGGGUCAGACAAUAGCAGGGGCUAAUGGGAGAUUGAGGAGGAACAGGGCAGCUAGUUCAAACUGGUCUGGCAGUAUCCCUGGGACAAUGCCCUGCUGGGGAAACAAUAGGACAGGGAAAAGGGGAGGGGGAAAGGCACACACAAGCAAUACAGUCAACAUGCCCUGCACCAAUACUGGGCACAGGAUGACCAAAACACAUGAGGAAUCUGGGACGUUCAUAGAGUGUCUGUCCUCCAUCACCAGUGACGUUGACUACCGUCACAGUACUUUAGACCAAUUUACAGUGUAUCCGUGCUUAAAAGGACACUGUAGGCACCCAGACCACUUCAGCUUAUUGAAGUGGUCUGGGUGCACUGUCCCUUUUGCCCUUAGUGCUGCAAUGUUAAACAUUGCAGUUACAGGAAACUGCAAUGUUUACAUUGCAGCUCUAAGUCUGUCCAUAGUGGCUAUCUACCAGACAGCCAUCAGAGGGCUUCCUGGUUUGAAACUGACCUUUGUGACACUGGAUGUCCUUACACUCUGCAUGAGGAUCUCCUGCGUCAGAUUUUUCCCCACAGGAAAGCAUUGAUUCAAUGCUUUCCUAUAGUGAGGUCUAAGGCGCGCACAUUAUCAUCGUGGGAUGUCAGAGGGGGCAAAGUGUUUUAGGUAAGUAAAUAAAGGAUUUUUAACCCUUUACCUACCAGAGAAGGGGGCAUAAAGGGGGAGGGAGAGGCAGAGGGAACUAUAGUGUCAGGAAUUCAGCUUUGUAUUCCUGGGACUAGAGUAUCCCUUUAAAUAUUGCUGAAGACAAAGUUCUGCUCAAACUAACUUAGUGUUAGAAAUAAUUAAAACUGCAAGGUAAAGAGCAGCAAAAACCUGUAUUAUUUGUAUAAAUACACAAAAUAUUUUAAUAAGGUACAGUGAUAAUAAUUAGGGCAUGGAUAACUGUCAGGUCAAUCACUUAUGUUACAACAUACAGCUAAAGAUCUGUUGGCUGCUGUGGUCCAAGACAUAAUAUUUUUCGUUUUCGUUAGAACUUCAAACAAUUAGUGUAAAAUAUAGCAAGAUACGCUAAUCAGAUAGACAGAAAACCUGCUGUGCAAUAUGUCUAUAAUAAUUUUCGUUUCUUCUGUGUCUUUUUCCAGUUGAUUGAUAUAUUCAUCUUUUGGGUCAAAGGCUCGCUACAUUAAUAUACGUCUAUAUUAAAGGAUCACUAUAGGGUCAGGAACACAGACAUGUAUUCCUGACCCUAUAGUGUUAAAACUACCAUCUAGCCCCCUUGGGCCCCUCAUGCCUCGAUAAAUAUAGCAAAAUCUUACUGUAGUCAAGCCAAAAGCUGUAGAUCUGCAUGCUGUUAGACUCAGGAAAAACAAGCAGUCUGCUGACAUGUGGUAGCCUGAUCCAAUCACAUUGCUUACCCAUAGGAUUGGCUGAGACUGACAACAAGGCAGAUCAGGGGCAGAGCCAGCAUGAUUCAAACACAGCCCUGGCCAAUCAGAUUCUCCUCAUAGAGAUGAACUGAAUCAGUGAAUCUCUAUGAGGAAAGUUCAGUGUCUGCAUGCUGAGGGUGGAGAUACUGAAUCACAGGAUGCUGUGCACAGUGCUGCCCUGUGCUCUGCUGACAGCAGAUCUGAGUGGAUGGAGGCAUAUUAUGCCUCCAUCAACUCCGAAGUCCCUCUGGUUCACUCUGAGUGACUGCAACUGGAGGUGUUUCUAGCUUUCAAUGUAAACACUGCAUUUUCUCAUAAAAUACAGUGUUUACAUGAGAAAGGCUGCAGGGAGCUAUAGUUCUCACCUGAACAACCUCAUUAAGCUGAAGUUGUUCAGGAGACUAUAGUGUCCCUUCAAUGAAAAGUACUAAUACGCAAUCUGACUUACGGUUUCUUCAGGUUUAUUCUUAGUUACGGAUACCUAAUAAAACAACAAAGGAUGUUACAUGAUCAAGGAUGUUCAACACCAGAUGGUAAUUGCUGGACUCCUAAAGGGAGAGUUACAUCGUUACAUAGCUGUACAAGAGCCAAGAGAGACCGUGUGUUCCUUUGUUCAUUUACUAUAUAGAUGUGCCUAUACUGACGUCAGAAUAUAACCCUAGCCAUAUAAGGACAAGACCCCCAAUCCAUAUUCCAGAGUUCACAUACAAGAAAACUAUUGUGACUUAUUGAUACCAUCUGUUACUUAUGCCAAUCUUGACAUCCAUACAUAAUGGAUAGAAACAUAGAAUAUGCAAUAUUCUACAAUGUCAAUCUCUGAAUUAUUUUCUCUUACAGAACUGUCCUGAACUGGACAAAACACUGAUUCCAUCAACUGCACAAAAUCCAUCGGCCGGUACAGACACUCAGAAAAGUGAGAAUAUUGAAAAAGUGCAGCUGUGUGUUGCAGUAAGUCAAAUCUUGUGAAUCUACACAGUGUACUAAAAUGGUAUUGGUUGACUGUUUGUGUCUAAAAACUACACUUACGCUGACUAAGAAUCACUGGAAAUGUUGUUUACAAACAUAUGCAAUGUCAAGGAUAGGUACGAUAACUAUUUGUACAGACUAUGUUAAUGGAACAAACAAGCAGGUAAAUCAUUGACAAAGAACUGCAAACCAAUUUUAGGCAAGAUGAGAGAAUUUAUAUGAAAAAAAUUGGUAACUCACAUUUAACAGAGCUUAGCACUAGCUCAAAUAUGCAUUGUAUCCUGCAGAAUAAUCUCCACUGACAGAUAUCUCCAGGAGAUACAAUAUGUAACAACAUGAGCAAUAAACAGAAGACUAUAAUAGUGUAUUUAAUUCCAACAAUGAGGAUAUAUGUAUAAUAAAACCCAAAAGAAAAAUAGUUACUUGCACAAUAUUCCAAAUCCCUGUGCAUAUUGAUAUAAAUGUUAGUUUUUAGAUCCACUCCAACGGCCAUUAGAUGUAAGCCCACCUGCCACAUCAAGGUAAAUUGUUAGUUUAGGACCCACCUAAGAGGUUUGCCUUGACGUGGCAAGUGGGCUUACAUCUAAUGACCAUUGGAGUAGAACUAAAAACUAACAUUUAUAUCAAUAUGCACAGAGAUUUUUAAUAGUGCACAAGUAACUUUUUUCUUUGGGUUUUAUUGUAUGUAUUGGGCUGAUGUGUACUACGGUCAUUACUGCCGCCCAGGAGUAGUGAGAGUUUGAGGGCAGGACUUAUUUUUGUGUAUGAGGAUAAAUGUAUAGCAAAGGUAAAACACACUUAUAUGUAAGGAGCCUUUGUCAAGCUCAGGAAUGCCAGCAUAUGGAGGUACAAUCACCCACCUCAGGAUAUGGUGUUUGUAACAAUGUCUCCAAAUGUUGGUCACAUAUGAAAUAUAGAAAAAUAUAUAUACAAUGCUGACUCUAUAUCGUCAGUGUGAACAAAACAGAGAAAUACUGCUUACAAUUUUUUUGCGCAGAUAACUUACUCUAAUGUAUCCAUGUAAAGGCAAUCAAAAACUGAAUCAAGCCAUACAUGUAAAGACAACCACUAUAGUCUCCUGCAAAAUAUAUUGUAAAUGUAUAAAACUUUAUAUAAAACAACAAACAAAAACAUGGAUAAAAAGUCUUAUACAAUGCAUUUCACGUCUAUAUAGGCUUUUUCACGCUGCACUAUUGACUCAUUGGGUCAGGUACGUAGGGUUAUGUCCAUCAUAUCAUAGCUCCCUGCUCCAUCGUCUUUAAACUUCACCAGCCACCACAAGUUGCAAAUUAGUAAGGUGGGGAUGACCUAGAUCAGGAUUAGGCAAUCUUCAGCAAUCCAGAUGUUGUGGACUACAUCUCCCAUAAUGCUCUUACAGUCAUAAUGUUGGCAGAGCAUCAGGGAAAAUGUAGUCCACAAUAGCUUGAGUGUUGAAUGUUUCCUACCUCCAACUUAGUACUUUAGCCUGACUACAGGGCCAACAUCAAGGUCAUUGGAAUAAAAGAGGGUUAUAGAGUCAGGGGUGAAUGUAGAGCAGUUAGGUUCUGUGAAUUUAAGUAGUCACACAUACAUGCCCUUCUCACUAUUGGUAUGAGUAAUGUGCAGCUAAAACCUGUGAGUGUAAUUGUGAUUUCCUCCUGUUGGCAUGGUCAUGGUAAUGUUUAGAUUAUAAAAAAAGUGAGGGAAACUAUUGGUUGCUGACGUUUUCAUUGUUAGUGUUUGUAUCUCGAAGCAAGUCUCUGUGUUAUAUUGACUGUAAUGUAACAAAUAUAUUUCUUCUAGUUACUAGUGAGCAAUAUUAAAGAAAAUGAAGAUGCAGAAGCAGCAUUCUUCUUAUCACCAUUCAAUUACAAUCAAAAAGAGAGAGAGCUAUUUGAAAGCAAUCUUUCGGAAGAGGUAAGUGACUGAUUAAUAUAUAAACAAUAUCUAAAGCUGAUAUACUGUAAAAUAAUUUUCUAUGUGCUGCAAAAAAAACACAACAAAAAAAAAACAAUCGUAGCUAUUGACAUCAUAUGUUUCUUUGUUUAAUGGGUUACUAUAACCCUUUUGAGAGGGAAGACCUCUCCUGUGUUGUAUGCCGGACUAAGCACUAUGGAGAAGGGCCCCCCUUUUUAAUUAGCUGAAAAACCUGAAAAAAAAUAAAGGUUUUAUUCACCUUCAAUCAAGCGCUGGGCAAAUCGCUGUUCUUCCACGCCUUCUCCUGAGAUCACUGGGGCUGCACAAAGAUCAAUCACAGGGUUCUCAUAGAGAUAUCUGUGAUCAGAGCUUUUUGCCAGCUAAGCGCAUACGCAUGGUCUGGGCCAGCAAGGGGAGGGAGGGAGGAGCAGGGAGUGGGGAGGGGAGAUCUAGCUUUACACAUCUUUAAAGACACAUGGUAUCUACCUUUUGGACAUCAGGUGUCAAGAUAGGACCUAUUUAAAUGCUGGGAGGUUUUUGUUCUGCCUUGUGUAGGGUCUGUCAGAUGCUGGGCAGAUGCUGAAUAAUUCAUUUAUAUUAAUCCAUCUUUCCCUGAGCAGUGAGAUAGGAGAGUUUAUGAGAAUGGUAGAUCUCCCUCUGGUUCCCAUAUAAUCCCUCCACCCAUGCAUGCUAGUGGCUCCUUCAUGUCCUCUUUAUGCACAUUGGAUGUGGGAUUACUAAAUGAAAAUUCGAGCAACCAGUGAUCGAUCACAUGAUAAUACCCUCAUCUGAUUAAUGCCAGGAUGAGGUGCUUUAAUUAGUAAUAAAGAAAAGGCUACUGCCAGUGGUCCCUUACUAUCCGUAUUCAUGGCUAACUAGAUAAGCAACUGGGCAGCUGACACCAGAUAAUAAAACAGCCACAAUAUUAUUAUUUACAUCUGUAUCACAUACCAUAUUUAUUAGAAUCUGUCCUUCUAGCAGGAAAAAAAAACAUUUACUCUUACUUUAAGAAAGGAGACUUGAACCCACCUUUUCGGUUCUCUUGAUGUUGGAUGUAAGGCUCCUUGCCAACGCGUUUGUCAAGCCUCAACCCAUAGCAGGCUGUUUCCACAUAGAACCCUCUAUACAACUUUACAUGUGUUUCCUUAAAUUCCAGGAGCUCUUGGAUGAAAGCAGUUCUGGUACUUUAAGCAUACACAGUGAUGGCUCUUCUGAAAGCGAUGGAAUUAGCUACAGAGGAUUGAAAGUAUCAAAAUGGUUUAAAAAAGGUAAUGAAACUUUGUAAUCAGAAAAAAACUGUCUCUGAUGUAAACAUAAAAUAUCAAAAAUAAUUGUACGAUAAUUUUUAGAACAACUAAUCACAUAUUGCCCUUUGCCCAUUUAAGUGUACUCAAAGGGAUUAGGGCAUGCUUUCUUUAAUAGCAGUUCCUGUUACCCAACUUAAUGGUACUCAAUUUAUCAACUUUGGAAAUAUAUAUAGCUCAUUAAAGAGGAACAGUCACUUCUCUGGAAGUAACCUCAUUGAAUAAAACAAUAAAAGACAUGUAUUACUUAUGUCAACCUUUUUUUAAUGAAAUGCUCCAUUUUCUUUUAAAUUUAUAUUAAUGAUUUAGUAAAUGGCAUCACAAUCUAGUUUGGACAAGACAAAGUCAGGGCAACCAUUGCUAAAUGUGACAGACCUCCUGUACUCCAAUUGAGUAUCUCCGCCAGGUCGGCUUCCUCUCUGCUACCAGGGACUCUGGAGUGCUUCAGACUUAGUCGACAAAACUUGAAUGUGGUCUCUCAGAACCUUUUCCACCAGACCAGGCUGCAGUGAAUAUAACUGUGGAGACCAUCUCUCCUAUAGAGCUGUGAUUAUAGCAUUACUUACUAUGGCCUUUCCUCCACACAUUAGAUGAGUAUGAAUAUAGGGUGUGCAAUGAUUUUUAUUGCACAGCUAUUUACACAGAACAGUGUUGACUCUCUCUAUAGGGGGUUCUUCAUACAAAACAAUACUCAGUACAAUUGUCCCUCCUUGGCCUCACUCUGUCUAGGGAGUUAAUUGCAUCAUCCCCAGUUAACACAAUCUGCUCCCUGGUGUGCCCUCACAGUCCUAGAGGCAGAGCACACAAAAAGUCCACCAGAACUCCCUUUUCCUGGACCAUACCCCCACAUAACAUGUAUUUCUGGAAUGCUUGCCACCGAGCACCCUCGCUGUCCAAAUAGCUCCCUGAUCUGAAAAUCUGCCUCAGAAUUACAGAGUGUUUAAGUUUUAUCGGGUCACGGCCAUUCUACGAUUCGGUGAGGAGUUCCAAGCAUGUAGUGGCGGCUUAGCUACAUUCUUCAAAAAGGGAUUCCCAGUCCUCUGGGGAGUAGAGCACUCUCCAGUCCUUGGGUAUCCUUCAACGCCUUCUUACCUCUUGAACCUCUCCUCCAAAUAAGGCUUGGAGAUCGGGGGACGGAGCGAUACCAGCUUAGUCUGGCUGUGAAGCAAAGUAAGCAUUUGCUACCAUCGCACCAGUGACAAUAGCCCCUUUUGGGGGCCACACCAACCCCUAUAGUUUGUGAGUAGGAGGCUUGCCUUCAAGCCUCUCCAAAGGUUUGUGGCAUGGGAGCUUCCUCCACACUAAUAAAAGAGAGAAAUAGGAUUAUUGUUUCAUUUCUCCUCUUCUCUCUGUAUGCUUUCUCUACAGGGAGCUUAGAUGGAGACACCAGGUAGCAGGAUAAGGAGCUGUGGAUUUUCCGUGUUUAAUUAAACUUUUCACAUUUCACAAAUACACAUUUUGUUAAUAGAAAUACAAAAAUAAGCAAACAUAAUAUUUUAUGUUAUUUUAUAUUAUUUUAUUUAAAUUUGUUGGGAAGUGGAAAUUCCCCUUUAACCAAAGUCAAAUAAAUGCACAAAAGUAAAGUAACAGCUUAUUGACACCUCUAAUAUUUCAUAAACAAAAUUAAUGUAAACUACUGAUUAUUUAAACAUAGCAGCCCUAUUUAAACUACUAGGUUUUUUAGACUUUUUUUCCUUGAUCUUUAAAUCAGCAUAAAAGUACCGCUUACUGUAAAUAUUUUCUCAUUACAUUGUAUUUUAUCUUUAGGCAAAAAGGGAAAACAGUCAACCGCGACUACUGGAAGUGAAGAGGUAUGCUAAUAUAUAUAUAUAUAUAUAUAUAUAUAUAUAUAUAUGUAUAUAUAUAUUUAUUUAUUUUUAAUUUUUUUUUUAUUCAAAUAUAGUAUAAAACUGUAUUCAGGGCAUGACAACCAUGAUGGUUGUCAGGGCCAGGUGGCCCUGGGUGGCCCAGAUUGCUCAGGGAGUCCCGGGCCCUACAUUCCCUAUAUGUUUCGCACAUAUAUGUGCAUCUGUGGGCCCCAGACAACCUGUACACUGCAGGGGGCCCAGCACACUCUAUCUCCACUUCCUAGUUUACCAGAAAUUGAGCUGUGUCAGGGACCCCAAGAUUUCUGAUGGCAGCCCUAACUGUACUGAGUGUGCAAAGGCAUAUCAUUAGUAAGUAGAGCAUUUGCAGGAGGGAUACAGGAAUUAUCAGGUAAACAGCAAAUUUAUAUAAAUUGUCUUUCCAUAAUCUUUUGAAGUAAUGGAACAUUGAUGAAUUACACCUUUAAAAAGAAAUACAAUAAAUAAUUUUUAAAAAGAUAGAAAAAAAGUGUGGCAGAUAGUUUAAAGAAGUGAAUUACUAUAAAAUGCAAAUACUGCAUGCAUGACAAGUCCCCUUUAAUCUAUUGUAGAGUCCUGAAACUGGAUUAAACAUUACGCACAAUCAUUCUCAAGAGGAACUGAAUAACGUAUCUGAAAGCCACUUACCGUAUAUGAGUUUUGAUGUUGUUGGUGGAAGUGACGUAAAUUCAAGAGCUCAAAAAAAACUAGAGAAACAAAGAAAGAAAACUAAAGAACAGCUCCAAAAUGAAGCCAAAAAAGCAUUGUUUGACUUGAUCAAUGAAAUCUGCACAGGUAUAUUUAAUACGAUCGCUGCAUUUUCUAUUUUAGAAUUUUCACAAUUCAGACAGAUAGGGAUACGGGAUUAAAAGCCAAAUAAACCAGGAAUUGGAAAACGCUAUAUAUAUAAUUUGGGGGAAGACAAAAAAACAAAACAAUAAAACACAAGUACAAAUCAAGUAAACGGGGAGAAAAAAAAGAUAUACAACGAAAACAAAUGGGAUUGUGCUAUAUAUAUAUAUAUAAUUUGGGGGAACACAAAAAAACAAAACAAUAAAACACAAGUACAAAUCAAGUAAACGGGGAGAAAAAAAAGAUAUACAACGAAAACAAAUGGGAUUGUGCACUCACACAGGAUUAGUUAUUAAAGUGAGAUAGCUGAUCUAGAUACAUUCUCCAUGACAGCUAUGCUUCCAAUUCAGCUACUUUGACCUUAAAUGUGAAUUCACUUUAAAUUCUCAUCUUAGUGAAUAGCCCUGAUAGAAGCGAUUUUAAUAAAGGCAAAAUAAUUAUGAUUUUGCAUAUCUCUUAAUGGUAUUUUCAAAUAUGUGUCUUUAAACAUAGAAUCUAAUUGAUAAAACACAAAACAAAGCAACAUUUUUGCAUUAGUAAUAAUUAUGGUAUCCCUGUGCUGAUCAAACUCAUAUUAGGAAAUCCAUGCCCAGGCAAUGUAAUACAAGUGUCUCCCUCUUGUGGUCAAUAUUCAGAAUAUAUUACAUAUGCCUCAGAAUAAAGGCAGGGAGAACUCAAAAAGGUAUUCACUGAAGUGUCAAUUGUCUGGAAUUCAAAUUGAAUUUUCACAUUUUAGGGCAAAAUAGCUGAAUUAGAAAGUUUCUCCAAGAAGCUAUAUUUUCAUUUCAGCUAUUUUGGACUAAUAUUUGAAAUUUGCUUUGAAGUAAUUUGCUUUGAAGUAAUUCCUGACUAUUCAACCUUUAGCAAAUAGGAUAACAUUGUCCCAUAUUAUAUUACACACAAUUAAUGGGAAAUUUUUUCGCAGUAUUUCACAUGUAAAAGGCUUAUUAAAGCCCAGGUAUAUGGCAUGUGUAUUGGUCUACCUGCAUGUGGUUUUGAUAAGAAUCUAUGGGAACAAUGUCCAGCUGUUUUAUACAAAGAGUCCCUCCAGCUCCCACAGCCUGGCCAUCACUGUAGUGCCAACGCAGAAUUACACUGCCACAUAAGCAAUGUACAUUGCAAUACCAUCCAGAAAUUUCACUUCCAUUUAGAUUUGGAUAGAAUUGCUAACGUGUGUGGGGGGGCCUUAUGGUAGUAUGCUUUCUGAGUAAAGUGGUCUGUUAGAGGUACAGUUUAUUUAAUAGAGUUUACAUGGUGUAAUUUUCAGAAAUGCGACUGGUCAUUAAUAACAGACAUUACGAUUUAUUAGAAACGCGCCAUCCUGUGCCCAGUAAAAUGUAGUCUUUUGAAACGGUGGCAGCAGUCAUUACUAGAUGGAAGCUUAUUUAAUAACGUAUGCAGGGCUUAAACUGUCCUACACCACUAAAAAGCAUUAAAAUGUACUUGGAAUGUCAAACCUAGAGGGUGCAUGUCAUAUUCCCCAGAGGUGAAUUUCUACUGGUCAGGUGUUGUGGCUGUUUCACUCGCCCAAUGGCCAGUGGGAAGUGCAAAUUUUAAGCCCUGAUAUAUAUAUAUAUAUAUAUAUAUAUAUAUCUUAUUACACACCAAGCUGACUUUACACUGUCAUCUCUUUCAGGUGAUAAUCCAUUACUUAACUUUGUGAACGUACUAGGGUAAGUAGGAAUCUGAUUCAAUCGAUUUUCACGGGGUAGUUAUGUUUUUUUUAAUUUGUUUUAUUAAACUUAUUAAGGUUUUUUCCAGGAACUUAUUACUCAUAAUUGUAUUCCUGUUACACUUUGUUAUUGUCUCAUUUGUUAAAUUCCCCUUUUGUUGUAAAGCGCUCCGGAAUAAGCUGGCUAUAUAUAAAUACCAAUUAAUAAUAAUAACAAGCAAUGAUUUACGCACCCAGCUCCUCUUGAGGUUCAACCCUGAGGUAUAGCAUUUUUUAAAAUCAUCUCAGUCCACUUUUUUGUCACAUGUCUUAUGUAUCAUAACCAGUACAGCUCAUUGCGGUGGUUAUGGUGCAGUGAGAUUUUGCUGUCCCCCUGCUUUCAAGUGGUUUGCCAACAAAACAUGGCUUUUCCAUUCCCUAAGGCUCAGAUAGUUACGUCCAUAUUAUAGGCUGAAAAAAGUAUCAAGCUGUUUGAAUUCUGCCUAUCACCUGUUUCUUUUUACUGCUAUUGAUCUAAAAGAGAGCCCCCCUCCACCCCCCCAUCCGUCCCACAAUUUGAAGAGAUAUCCAAUUUUGCCACAAAAAGUGGAAAAUAAAUCCCUUUUUGACUCCAAAAUGUCAGUCAGAUCUCACCUUGGAUCAACAAUGCUUAAAGGGACACUCCAGACCCCAAAAGCACUUUAGCUUCAUGAAAAGCUUUAUGUGUGAAGAUUGUGUCCUCUGUUUUUCAGUUUGAAAAUACUGUAGUGCAGAUUUCAAUAGAAAUUGAUACAUUUUUAAAUUAUACUGGUUACACCCCCUGGCUUUUCAAGCAGACAAUGGUGCUGUUACUUCCUGGUUUGGUUAGCUUAUUUGCACUAAAUUCAAGAGGUAACACUUGCCCAGAGCACCUGCCUUGCAAAGACUUCUAAUUGAGCUGCAUUGGGAAGUCUGUGAUUGGACAGACACAGAAAGUCUGGGUUUGAGAAGAAGAGGAUAGCUUGCAAAGGCUGCACACAAGAGAGCUGUUUUUAAAUAUACCCUCAAUGAGAACAUGCAUAAUUAAAUGCAGUGGAGGGGACAGUGAAGUGUCCCUUUAAGUCUGAGGUCAACCACCAUACAUUUUUAGUUUUUGACCCUUCCAUUUUUCUCAUAACUCACUACAUCAUUUGACUUACAAACCUAUUUCUUGUCCCAAAACAUAAUUCUGCACUGCAGAGGAUGCCCAUUAUUAUGGUGCUACCAGAAAGAAAAUCACAUAAAAAUGUCAUGAAUGUCCUGCUUAUUCUGAUUUUGGAGGGUCAUGUUAUUGCCUUUUCCUAUUUUGUUAAUUAAAUUAAUUAAUUAAUGCUUAAGUUAAAUUUAUUUUGAUGUCUGAUUGAAAAGUUGAAUAAAUGGUAAGGAUAAACCUCUUGCGUCUCGGUAUUAUUUUGCAGAUGUCUGGAUGGCUAUAUUAACAUGAUAUUUCGGGAUAUACAGAGAAUGUUUUCAGAAGAUAAAAUACCAGAUUAUCUGAAUUCUAUCAGUGAUUUGAUUCUGUCUACCGAGGAACCCUCAAUGAGUGAAGAAGAGGCUCUGAAAAAAGCGAGUGAACUCAUUCAACAACUACUAAAAGGUAAGUAUUGUGUUAUUCUUUCACAUUGUUUAUAGCCCCGUAUAUAUUUGUAUAAUGUUAUCAUAUCCCCUCUGAGGCAACGUUUUUCUAAACUAAAGAAAUUUUAAUUUGUUAACCUUUCUUCAUAGCUGAUGUUCCAUUCCUUUUACUAAUUUUGUAGCCCGCCUCUGCACUUUUUCUAGUGCCAUAAUAUCCUUCUUUAGAACAGGUGCCCAAAAUUGCACAGCAUAUACACUUUGGCAAAUUGUCAUGCACACAAUUUGGAGAUGGCAGGUUAACUAUAAUCCUAAAGUUGAUGACAAGGCUUGUUAUAGAGAACUUUCAUGUACUGUGAAUGGCCACAAACUGACUGCUGCAAAAGGUUGCCAUUUUUGCUUUUUUAUCAAUCCACCCCUGCUGAUGAAAAGAGAAGACUCAGGAGAUUAGUAAGGAAACAGAGGAAACAGAGGAAUUGCCUGGGACAGAAUAUGAGAUAGAUGCAUGACCUGCAGUCUCAUUGUUAUUAUCUGCCAUUUAGGAGUUUAUAAACUUUGUUUACGCAGCCCUAACCACAUUCCCCCUAACUGCGAGUCACAUAUCCUUUCAAGUCCCUACACCAGGGGUAGGCAACCUAUGGCACGUGCACUCGAGGUAUCUUUGCACGGCACUCAAGGCUGCUAGAGCCAAACUCUGGCCUAUCAGGAGUCCCAAUGGAACUUCAUAAGUCUGCUACUGUGAAAAGGUGGUGAAAGACAAUCCUCAAUUUAUGCAUUGCAGCAUGUGAUCUCCGAUAAAUUCAUCCCAGCACUUGUGAAUGGGAAUCUGCCCUGGAGUAGAGCAGCCUACAGCAGUCAUUGCAGUUCCUGCCCUUGACCUGUACCUGGCCUGCACGGUCCCCACUGGACCCCAGGGAAGCCAUCCACAGUGCUAGAUAUACAAAUAAUACAAACAGCUCCAGGGGCGGACUGACAACUCAUGGGGCCCCUGGGCAAUAGAAGAUCACGGGCCCAUGCUUGUACCCACCAGCUUGCAAACUACACAAAUAUACAUCACAAAUUAGAAAUACAAUAAACAAGUGAAAAAAUGGUGCUUAAAAUUAUAAAUAUAGGAAAAACAAUAGUUAAAUAUUUAAAUACAGCAGCACCUAUAUUGUGUAAUAGCCCAAAAACACUUAAAUACAAUAAAACCAGAGAAUAGGUGCGCUAAAAAUUUAAUUCUAUAUACAACAUCGGCUGUGUGAAAGUGCAGUAUAUUGUUUCACUCACAGGUGAUGAAAAUAACCUAAUAUGUGAUCUAAAAAGUGCAAAAUUGCAUAAAGCACUUCAAAGUGAUAUAGUGGAUAAAUACUUAACUUACACUAACAAUAUGUCUGAAGUGAGUCUCAGCUCCAAUUUGCAGUACAUAAAAGAAAAUACAAAACAGUAUUACAAAUACAAAUAAAAAUUGCUUGGUAGCAAAUAUCACUGGAUCCUGAGUUGUGGUUAUCCUGCCUGAGUCCGUGUAACCGGUGGCUGGUUUACGUUCACAAGAACUUAACGAGCGUGCACAAGAACCUAUACCAGCCGGCGGUUACAUGGACUCGGGCAGGAGAGCCACAACUCAGGAUCCGGUGAUAUUUGCUACUAAGCUAUUUUUAUUUGUAUUUGUGGAAAUAAAACUUUUCAUUUAUCCUAACUGGCUACUACGAAAAUCCCUUCAUAUAUUGAGGCUAUUCAAGGUAGAGCAGACUCAUCUAUUUAUUCAGUAUUUUUAUCUGACAAUAUUACACUAUAUACUGUUUUGUAUUUUCUUUUAUGUACUGCAAAUUGGAGCUGAGACUCACUUCAGACAUAUUGUUAAGUAUUUAUGCACUAUAUCACUUUGAAGUGCUUUAAGAAUUUUUGUACUUUUUAGAUCACAUAUUAGUUGAUCGCUUGUACACAUUUUCAUCACCUGUGAGUGAAAUAUACAUCGUGCCCACAUAUACGCACUGUCCACAUGUUUGUUCUUGUGUUACAAAUAAGGGCUCUAAUAGGGGAGUAGGAGCUGUUCUCAGGUUAUAGGGGUUAUAAUUGGGAUAGAGACUGUAGUGUGGGGGUUGGGUGGUUAUGGGCUGUCAUGGGGGAUAGGGGAUGUAGUGGGCGAUCAGGACUCUAAUUGGGAACAGGAGUUGUAGUGAGGUGGAAGGGGCUCUAAUAGUGAUAUAAGGGAAGCAGUGUGGGAAGAAAGACUGUAGUGGGUAUAGGGGAUGUAACUCGGGGAUAGAGACUGUGGUUUGGGGCUUCCAUGGAGAUAGGGCUGAAGUAGAGGGAUAAGAUUGUAAGAACACAUUUUAGGUCCUCAGUCCUCCUUUCCUACCAUUAAAAGGUUAUUUUAUUUACCUUUUUUCCAGAGCCACACCAGUCUUGUCGCAGUUGGCUACACCUCCAUGGCUGAGAUCAUCAAUUUAACAAUCUCAGCCAAUCCAAUGCUUUAUUUAAAAAAGCACAGGGAGGCUAUUGCGCAUACGCAGCAAAAUUAUGUGCUGCAUCUGUAAGCAUCUCCCCUUAUAGAGAUGCACUGAAGCAAUUCAUCUCUAUGGAGAGCAUUUAGCGUCUCCAUGCCUGGGUCAGGGUGCUGCACUGACCCAGGAAGUCCUCUAGUGGCUGCAACUAGAGGGGUUACUAAGCAGUAAUGUAAACACGGCCUUUUCUCUGAAAAGAUAGUGUUUACGUCAAAAAGCCUGCAGAGACAUACUACCGUAUACAUGCCAUAACAACUAUAUUAAGUUGUAGUUGUUCUGGUGACUAUAGUGUCUAUUUAAGUUUGCCUCUGAUUUAUUAUUCCCCUGCUUUGCUAUAUGAAUGUUUUCUAUGUGUACCAUUUUUUUAAGUUGAUAAUCUGCAUUGCGCUUAGUGGUGGAGCUAAAAUAGAUAGGGCCCUGGUACAAGAAUUGUUUUGAACCCCCUUAUCGCAAGGAUGGAAAGAAAGGUAGAUCCCCCAUUGUCGUACAACUCCCAGCUGGGGAUCUACCGUUUGCCCAUCCUUGCAGGGUUGUACUUAGCACUGAGCAGUGUUUGUAUGUUUAUAUGUAAGCAUGUUUUUGAAUGAGGUAUGUGUGUGAAUCUAGGGGUGUAUUUCUGUGUAAUGUGUUGUUAUCUACUGUUACCAUUUGAAAGCAAGUAUAGUAUUUGCUUUUGAUUGCAGGGGUGUGUCUGUAUGUAGUGUUGAUGUUUGAAUGCCGGGGUAUAUUUGUGUGAAGUGUUUGAGUUUGAAUGCUGAGGUGUAUACACUGCAAUAUAUAAAAACUAUAUUUAUACAUACACACAGAUACAUCUGGAUACACAGAUACACAGGUACACACUAACACAUACAGAUACACUGACACACAAACAGUUACAGACGCACACUGACACACAUACAGAUACACAGGUACAGACGCACAGAUACAUACGGACACAUAUACAAAUACACAGACACACACAGCUACACAUACAGAUACACAGACACAUACACAGACACCCAGAUAUACAUAGACACACACAGGCCCGGACUGGCCAUCGGGCACACCGGGCAAAUGCCCGGUGGGCCGCGGUGGCCGUGGGGCCGAGGCCGGCAGGGGAGGUCCCAGGAUCUCCCCUGCCGGUCUAUGCAGGGCCGGCACUAUCCGAGCGCCGGCCCCGCUGUCUUCCAUGGAGGGCCGGUGGGGAGAUCAAAGAUCUCCCCCACCGGCCCAUUUAAAUAGACCUGCGGCUGGGGAGGGAGGGAGAGGACCCGGCGGAGCUCUGUCUUGCAGCUCCGCCGGGUUUCUCUCGCGAGAUCCGGAGCGUUGCCAUGGCAACGCCCCGAUCUCGCGAGAGAGUUCACUCACCACUGGACCACCAGGGAUGGUGUGCGAGUGCCUGUGCCCCCCCUCCCAGCUACCACGUGCAUGUCCCCCCCUCCCAGGCUAAAGGUAAGAAGGGAGGGGGGGGGGUUUAGUUUUUAUUUUUUGCUUAGUUUUUUUUUUUUUGUUUAUUUCCCCCCUUAGUUUUUUUUUUUUUUUAUAUAUUUACCACCACUUAAUUUUUUAUUUGUUUAUUUACCCCCCAACACACAACAUUUAUACACAACACUAUCACACUCAGCAUUCUCAGCACUCACACAACACUCUCACACACAUCACACCCAGCACUCUCACACCCAGCACUCUCACACCCAGCACUCUCACACACAUCACACUCAGCACUCUCACACACAUCAUAGCACUCUCACACACAUCAUAGCACUCUCACACACAUCAUAGCACUCUCACACACAUCAUAGCACUUUCACACACAUCACAGCACUUUCACACACAGCACUCUCACACACAGCACUCUCACACACAGCACUUUCACACUCAGCACUCUCACACACAUCACACGCAGCACUCUCACACACAUCACACACAGCACUAUCACACCCAGCACUCACAACACACAACACUCACACACAGCACUCUCACACACAGCGCAGCACUCUCACACAUCAUAGCACUCUCACACACAUCACACGCAGCACUCUCACACACAUCAUAGCACUCUCACACACAGCACUCUCACACACAUCAUAGACAGCAAUCUCACACAUCGCAGCACUCUCACACACAUCAUAGCACUCUCACACACAUCAUAGCACUCUCACACACAGCACUCUCACACACAUCAUACACAGCAAUCUCACACAUCGCAGCACUCUCACACACAUCAUAGCACUUUCACACACAGCACUUUCACACACAGCACUUUCACACUCAGCACUCUCACACACAUCACACAACACUCUCACACACAGCACUCAGCACUCAGGCACAUCACUCUCACACACAUCACACUCAGCACUCACACACAUCAUACACAGCACUAUCACACUCAACACUCAUACACAGCACUAUCACACUUAGCACUCACACACAUAACACACAACACUCACACACAGCACUCUCACACAUCACUCUCACACACAUCACACAUCAUACACAGCACUAUCACACUCAGCACUCACACACACUAAAACAGACCUUAUUACACAAUACCACACCAUGACCAGCUCACUCUGCACAAACGUAAUACCACAAACAGGCUCCAAACACAUGCACAAUACUCUUUCCUGGCCCUUUUGUCUCCUGGUAUCCAUUUAUAGAGACACCAGAGACAAGUUGCAAGGAAACAGUGCAAGCAUGUUAUUAAAUUUGCUUGCACUGUGCAGAACAAAUACAGGGCUUUUUUCUCAUGCUAGAGCUCUUCAGCAGAGCUCUGCGCAUGGUCUGCCCUGAAGAGCAUUGAACCAACAUGCUCACUUUGAGAGGGAGCGUGUUUGUCAUGAGUGAUGACAAAACACACCCUCUCUGCCCCGCCCCCUUCUUAGUGGGCCGCUGUGAUAAAAAAAUGCCCGGGCUGAAUUUUUUUCCCAGUCCGGCCCUGGACACACAGAUAACAUUACAUAGUUUUAACCAUCCCUCCUGCUUUCAUAUCUGGUGUCCAGUGGCAUCUGGCUGAAUGUGAUGAGAGUUAGGCUCUCCUUCCUAUGGUGCUGCCUAUUGGUCUUCCUCCUCUCUGUCCUGGCAGUUUGUUGGUAAUCAGGGGAACUUCCUCCCCGCACAGCAGCAAUACAUAGAUCAGGGGACUGGACGCGCUGAUAAAGGGUCCCCUGAACAUUGAAACUUUUUUUUUCUUUUCAUUGGAGUGGCCGGUGCCAGAGGCGCACAUCAACAUAAGUACGUUACGUGAUGUUGCGCACCUAAGCGCACUGGGCUGCAUUCAUCAUCAGCUCUGCCGGGCCCUGCCUCCUCUUCUUGUAAUCACUGGCUCAACGGGCUCGAGGACGGAGCGGUUAUUGCGCGUCGGACUCGAGUGACCGGUGUCAAUUUAGUAGUGUGAAUGACUGACAGUGCCAGACACAAAGCAUACGGCAGGCCCCCUUUCUCGGCCUGACCCUCGGACCGUGUCCUAAGUGCCCGACCACUCAGUCCGCCCCUGAACAGCUCACACACAAACACACACACCAAUAACAAUCCACAUAGACGCACACAACCCCACAAUCAGUCUCUCACAUGCAAUACCCCAAGCAGCACCCACAUAAACACCCCACCAAACACACAAUGUGACAUGUCCAUCACCACACUCCAUUCCAAACUACUCAUGAACAUAUAUAAUAUAACAGCUCAUAUACAGACAAAUACAACAAUACAAAGCAAGUACAGUAUAAAUAACAAGCAGAUCACGGCAACAUAGACACCUCAAUUUAAAAAAAAAUAGGACCUGCACACUAUGGGAUAUCACAAUCUUAUUUUGGCAGAGUACUGUUGAAAGGUUGCCUAUCCCUGCCCUGCACACUUCCUGAAAGAUAACUUGAAUUUGCUAAAUUCCCUUGUUGCACAGUGUGUUUAAUGCAGAAUUUCUUAUUUCUACUGUUCUGCUGAUUGCCCGCCAGAGCCUGCAGUAGCCUCCUGUGUGUGAUUAAAAUUUAAUUAACAGAGCAGGAGAUAAGAGCUUCUAUAGUAAAACCACUGUGAUGUGAAAUAUGUUUGAAAAUUAAAUCUUUUUUUCUAUGUGAAUCACAUUCAGGGCAGGUGUGGCCAGUGUUGCAUAAACAUUCAGGGUUACUUACUAAAGUAAGAAAUGUUGGGAAUUCAAAUGAAUUUUAAAUUCAAGGCUAAAAUAGCCAAAAUGAAUACAUAAAUAACUCGGAGAACGUUUCCACUUUACCAAUUUUGUCUUUAAAUUUGAAAUUCACUUUAACUUCUCGCAUUAGUGAAUGAACCUGAAAGUGAUUUAACUCCUAAACAAAGAGAAUUAAGCAGUGAGACUUAAGGAGCAUGAUCGUUACAGCUACACUGCUUCUUUAAGCAUUGUUUUGGUGCUUAUUUAUAUAUUUUGCUGUUAAUUUAUUCAAAUAUUUUCUAACUGCUAUGGAUAUUAUUUUGUUGAACAGAGUUUCUGUCAAACCGCACGGGUCUGAAAGUUAUAACAAAAGUUCUAGCAUUGAAGAAAUACAUUAAAGAGACUCAUGAAGCAUUUCAAAAUUCAAUCGCCAAUAAAGAAACUCUUUUCGUAAGUAGUGACUGUGGCAAUUAACAAACUGUGCUAUUGUCCAGGAGUAUUAUAUAUAACAUUAAAAAUAUUCACAACAGGGUGGACUAGGAAACCGGGCAGCACCUCUUCCCUUGAGGAAUUCUAAAUCUGUCAUAUCUUUAUAAACUGACUACAUGGUGGCUGAAGUCACCAAGAUCUGCUCAGAUCUGAAUUGAAUGAUAUUUAACAUUAAAAAUCAAAUUGAUUUCAGUUGGUGUAGCCUUCCCUGUAUUCAGAGCACUCCUUGCACCAUAACUACUACAGUGUGCUGUGGUGGAUAUGGUGCUAAAAGGGUUCAUUUUAUCACCUUGUACUCAAGCCCUGACCCAAUGAGAUGGCAUGCCCUAAUUAGCACCAUUAACACAUAGAAACACAUUUUUGAAAAACAAAAAAUACUUUAAACAGCUCGAACUUCAUCACCCUGCUGCUGUUACCCAGUAACAACCCUAAAAGAUAGGGUUACCCAGUAACAACCCUGAAUGAUAGGUCAAUACGCAGUCCUUGUGUGGCACCAUGCAAACCUAAAGGCUGAGGUCAGAUUGAAGACUGAAAAUAGACUUGUGUCCAUCAAAUUAAUGGCUUAGCCAUUCAGUAGCAUUUUCUGCCAUACAUUAAGGGGGAAAGACCUGCAGAACUAAUCAUGACAGACACAACAUGUGUUUUUCUAGUACAAACGUGUUAAUCGUUACCAUGGCAAGAGGUAUAAUUUUUAUUAUUGCAUCAAAACUGGCUGCUCUCCCUGAUGUUUGUAAUUAUCUAAUAAAUGCUAAAAUACAUGAUAGAAUAAUAUACGCUAGAAUACAUGAUAGGAGACAUUAUUAUUAUAUAUAGUAGUGCUGGGUUUCUAAAUGCAGACAGGAAAAGGAACUUUGAUUUUGAUUUUUAUUAAAUGAAAACUACCACUGAAUAUAUUGUUCAUCAGCUGGCAAAUGUUUAAUGCCCUAAUACCGCAUAUCGUAUAUAAUUGUAGAUUUUUAUAAAUUGUUCAAUGAAUGCUGUGUUUAUUCCCUUACAGUUCAUUUAGAUUUGUUAAUGAGGUAGAGGAUCGUGGAAUACAAAUUUAUUUUACUUUUGCUGUGCUUACAGAAUCUGCUGGAAGACGUGUCCAAGGUGAUAACUGAGGAAGACCAAUGACCUCUAUAAAAGGUCCAAUCUCCAUUUCUUGAACAAGGAACUACACUAAUUUAAUUGUGUUGCACUAAUAUCGUAAACUGUUUUUUUUUUUUUUUUUUUUAAGAAUGUGCUGCUGAAAAGCAAUGAAUUCUAGAAAAUCAGGACAUCUCUAUCCUAUAUCAUUGUUUACUUUAUAUCAUCAUUUAGGUUAGAUCAGGGGUUUUUACCCUUAAAAAAGGUCUUGAAAAGACAAAAUGCUUUGGGUGGGAAGCUCUGGCUGAUUUUAUCUUCCUUUUAUGUCUUUAUUAUGCAAAUUUUGCACUCUCCGAUGGUGUUUUUUUAAAUGUGUAUGCUGUGAGCUCAUUCGGUAUUUCCCAUGUCUUUAAGGGCUUUUAAUGCUGUGCCUACGUCAUUUUACAUUGAGAUUUCACUCCAUUAUCGGCACCUUUAUACGUAUUUCUUAUUAUGCUCUUCAGUCUGUAAAAGAAAACUGUCAGUUCAAAAUUAUUUUUUAAUAACAAUAAUCCUUUCAUUAAGUUUUAAAAAGAAAUUGAUUUAUUAUAAGGAAGCGUAUGUAACAAAAAAAAAAAAACCUCACCAUGUUUACCCUGUGAAUAAAGGUUAAGUAUUGCUGAUUUAGAUGCUGUCAGUGACAUGUGCUAUAGUAUAUACACCCAGCAAUAAGUUAAAUGGUGUAUAUACAUAGUGAUUGGGAGGUGCUAAUAUGAACUAUGUUUACCUAAUUGUGGCUGGGUUACAAUGUUUUGCCUCUUAGUGGGGCACACUUAUUCAUUUUGUAGCCAUUGCCAUUUCUAACUCUGUUUUUUAAUAUAAAGGUAGUUGUUCAUGUAGUUUACAAGUAUUAUUUCAUUAGGUAAAGUUAUAUAUGCCUUUUUAUUACAAUAUUGCAAAGAGCCAAAGCACAAAGGAACAACAAAACCUGUAUAUGUAAAAUGAGAUUUAAGAACAAAAUAAUAUAAAUGUGCCAAAAAUCACUAAUGCAUUCCUUGCACAAUUUUCAUUCAAAGUUUUUCAAAACUCUCUUACAUACUAAGGUUACAAAAGUGCCUACAGGCACCCAUACCCCAACUUCUCAAAAAUCCAGUUCUCUGUUGCUUGCAUUGGAGGAUACACACGAAACAGUACAUCUAUAAUUCCACAAAUAAACAAAAUUGCUGGGAAUUCAAAGUGAAUGCAACGUGAAUUGCAAAUAUAAGGCCAAAAUAGCCAAACUGAAAACAAAAUUGACACAGAUAUUUUUCUUAUUCAACAUUUUGGCCUAAAUUUUAAAAUUGACUUUAAAGGAACACUAUAGGGUCAGGAAUACAAACAUGUAUUCCUGACCCUAUAGUGUUAAAACCACUAUCUAUCGCCCCUUACCCCCUUUUGCCUCCCUAAAUAUAGUAAAAUCUUACUUGUAUUCAAAUCUGCAAUUGCUGCCUCUGACCUGCCUGUUGACACAUCAGCAGUGGUGUGGUCUGAGCCAAUCACACUGCUUCCCCAUAACCUUGGCUGAGACUGUCAAGGAGGCAGAUCAGGGGCAGAGCCAGCACAAGUCAAACACAGCCUUGGCCAAUCGGCAUCUCCUCAUAGAGAUGCAUUGAAUCAAUGCAUCACUAUGAGGAAAGUUCAGUGUCUGCACAGUGUACAGUACUGCCCCAGGAAGCACCUCUAGCAGCCAUCUGAAGAGUGGCCAGUGGAGGUAUCACUAGGCUGUAAUGUAAACACUGGAUUUUCUCUGAAAAGACAGUGUUUACAGCAAAAAGCCUGAAGGGAAUGAUUCUACUCACCAGAACAAAUACAAUAAGCUGUAGUUAUGCUGGUGACUAUAGUGUCUCUUUAAAUUCACUAUGAAUUCCUGGUAAAUCGCACUUUACUGAAUAACUCUGAACAUGUUUAUGAAAAACUCAUAUAACAAAAAGGACAGUUUCUACAGUGAACUUUUGUCAAUUUCCACAACCAUCACUAGCGACAACUGUGGGAAAGAGAAAUCUUCUCACGCAUCACAUGAGUAAUUCUAUGGAGGGUCCCGUGGCUUUGCAAGAUUAUCCAUAGACCUAAAUGUUUUACAAUUGUGUAUGCAGGAGAGUACAACAGUGAUGCAGCUCCUCGUGGAUGGAGAAGGCCCUUGGAAGGAAGACACCUAUGAAGGAAAGUUGCUUUGUGUGCCAAUGCACACAAAUCAGACAAACUACCUUCUGGGAUCUUUGUAAAAUAUGCAAAGAUGCUUUAAGUGACAGAGCUGCUUUAACCCCUUAAGGACACAUGACAUGUGUGACAUGUCAUGAUUCCCUUUUAUUCCAGACGUUUGGUCUUUAAGGGGUUAAAGGGUCAUUAUAGGCACCAAAACUUUAGCUUACUGAAGCAGUUUUGGUGUAUAGCUCAUGCUCCUGCAGUUUCUAUGCUCAAUUAUCUGCUAUUAAGGAGUGAAAUAUAUUUGUUUAUACAAUCCUAGUCACACCUCCCCGCAUGUGACUCACUGUUUAAAAUUUCUCUUUUGCACAAUCUGUUUAAAGGGACACUAUAGUAACCAGAACCAGAACCACUACAUCUUAAUGUAUUGGUUCUGGUGUGUAUAGCAUGUCCCUGCAGUGUUAGAACUGUAAACACUGCCUUUAAUAGAAAAGAUAGUUUUUAGAUUGGUGCUUAGUAACACCUUUAGUAGCAGUCACCCCGACAGCCACUAGAAGUACUUCAGUGUGUAUGGAGACCCUGAACGUUUCCUAUAGACAUGCAUUAAUGCAAUGCAUCUCUAUGAGGAGAUGCUGAUUGGAACAGCGCACAGGUUUGCCCCACAUGUGCAAUAGACUCCCAAUUCUUUCCUGUGGUAAAGCAAUGGAUUGGCUGAGAUCAUCAAAAGUGACCUCAGCCAUGGAGGAGGGGCCAGUCUAGGUGAGGCCAGCGUAAAAUCACCUUUUACUGCGAUUGGAGGGUGGUCAGUAACCUAAACAGCCACUUGAGGACUUUAGUGUCAAGGUUGUUCCUUUAAUCUAGAACCUCUUAUCUAUGGCUUUGUUAAUAGUCUUUUAGAAACUGCAGGAUAAUCCUGUGUGAUUAAAGUUCAAUGUACAGAGCAGGGUAAAGGUUAUAUUUAGAAUGAAAUCAUUUUGUUUUGUUUUUUAGAGGCUGUGUGAGUCACAGACGAGAGGUGUGCCUAGGUCUGCAUUAACAGAAACAAAAGUGAUCGAAUGCAUACCUGGCAGAUAAUUGAGCAGUGUGCCUGUGGAGGCAUGAUCUAUACACCUAGACUUAUUAAUUAAGCUAAAGUUGUUUUGAUGCCUAUAGUGUUCCUUUAAGCAAAAUACAAGAAAUAUACAGUUUAACAUUUUACAAGGCUACUUAAAAUCACCUAUCUUACCAAACAAAUAUGGGGAUUCAGUUACACCAUAUGGUCAUAUUGCGAUAAGCCCAUCACUAUGUCACAGUACCCCAAUAUCAAUGGAUCCUACACUUAUUUCACCAUGGGAGAUUUACAUGCUGACUGCAAUACCUACUGCUGAAACUGCCUCCAGAGUCUCUCCUCAAUUUAAGCUUUCCUAUGGUCACCUCCAAAGGGGCUUCUAUAGUGGCACCUACUUUUCUAUGCUUGUUUUGGAUGUUCCACCAAUUCCCUUUUUUCUAUGUCUCGUUAAGCUUCAUGUCAAAGUAUGUUUUGUACUUUUAUAUUUAAAUGAAGUUGUUACGCAUGGAAGGCCGAAGUGAAUAAAAAAAUAUUUUCCAAUAAAGGCUGAAUAUUGUGUGGUUGAGCGCAGUACAGUCUUCUUCCUGUUUUGCUUCAUGUCACAUUCAUCUUUAGCAAUGCUCUUGAUAUUGGCAUUUGUAAAGCUUGCAUUAAAAAUAUACAGCUCUUACAAA